AUGGAGUCUUAUGUGGGCAGCUUCAGGCACAUGGAGCAGCAGCAGCAGCAACAGCAGCAGCAGGACUGUGGGAUCCAUUUCAAGCUUGCAAGCAAUGUGCCUCCAAAGGCAAAGAGUGCAUUGAAUGCAAAGGAUGGGUCCUACGGAGUCAGCAUCCGGGUCCAAGGGAUUGAUGGGCAUCCAUACAUUGUGCUCAACAAUGCAGAGGGAUGUUUGCCUGACAGUCAUGUGGCACCUACAAACAGCCCACAGGUUGCAACCGAGACACUUGAUAGGUCAGUGCCGGACUCCAGUUCUGCUCCUGAACUGGGGAAGAAAACUGGAGAAGAAAGACAGUGUUUGGGAACUUACAGCACAUUGCCAAAUAAGUUUAAAAGCCUGCAGGCCAGUGUGGAUGAGGGAGAGAGCAGCACCUUGCAUUUCAAGGCUGGGUUCGCCCAGUCGCCCAGUCUGUUGAACUUCCAGAGGCAUCCUGAGCUUCUGCAGCCCUAUGAUCCUGAAAAGAACAUCCUGAAUUUGGAAGGCUUUGAGGCUCCCCCAUCCAAUAAAUCCAAAUCUCUUGCAGAUGAAGAGAAACCAGACAGCAAGCCUUGGAGCUCACCAUUGAAGGUUGCUUCAUUAGAUAAAAUGACCCUCCAGUGUGUAGAACUGGCCAAGCCCAAACCAAAAACUGUGAAUUUGACCAUGCCUGCAGUAGGGGCAGACCAAAGCAAGCAGGAAUUGGAAUGCCCCAGUGUUGUUGACACUCCCAAUGGAAUGCAUGGAUCACGUUCUUCUAGUGAUGGAUCUCCAUCUGCUAUAAGUCCACCCACCUAUCAGGAAACUAGGAAAUGCAGACCUGAUCUCCUUCCUUUCCGCAGGCAAGAUUCAGCAGGAUCAGUCCUGAAUGGCUCACGGCGGUCGUCAUCAUCAUCAACUACCCCAACUUCUGUUGCUUCCCUGUACAAGUUCUUCCUUGAUGACCAAGAGUAUGCCAUCUAUGCUGACAAUGUAAACAGGCAUGAAAACAGAAGGUAUAUCCCAUUUUUGCCUGGGACUGGUCGCGAUAUUGACACUGGUUCAAUUCCUGCAGUUGAUCAGCUCAUUGAAAAGUUUGACCGGAAGAUGGGUCCUCAGAGAAGAGGCAGGCUGGGAAUCAGGAGCAGGAUUCACCCAGACGACCGUAAGCGGUCAAGGAGCGUCGACAGUGCCCUUCCCUGCGGGCUCAAGGUGAAUUCCAGUUGUUCAGAUGAAUUUAGUCAAAGUUCGGCAACGUCGUCCAAGCAUUUACUACAGCCUUCUAAAGUUUGCCUUCAGAAGCUGUUCUCUCCAGAUCAGAAGUCAGUGUCUUUUGAGGAUCAAGUUUCUCCUCGGUCUGUGGGCAAACUCCAGGCAGCAGCAACAGCAGCAGCAAGAGAUUCUCCCAGCAAGCAUUUCAACUCUUUGCAAUAUCACAAGCAAAGUAAAAUAGUUAGCGAGAGUGUGGCUUAUAAAUCAUCCACACUUCCAGGCCAGACCAAGAAAAGUGAAAAUAAAAUGGUGACUUCCACUCUCUUGCUACCAAACCGUAUUGCGACUCCGAAACUGCCUGUGAAAACAUUUGCUUCUGCUUCAGCUGCUCAGGUACGUUUGCCAGAGUGUGAUCUGUUGACCUGAGCCAGUGACAGGAUGCUGUGCUACAGAAAUGCAAUUUUGGACAUAUGUAUGAAAGAGCUGGUUAUCCCUGCACCUUGUGGCCUCAGCCACUCGGGGGUGAGGUUGUUGAGUGGAAAACUUAGACAGACAGAAAGGGGGAGUUCAGCUAAGCAGCUUCCAUGCUCUGGGGAGGUAGUGCAGGGUGGUGAUGGCAAGUUAGGACAUAUUUAGGAAUAAUUCACAUUUUUGGAUUUUGAGCCAUUACCUUUUUGAAGGCAAAGUAUCAAAUAAACAGAGCUCUCUGGACACAGAAGUCCUUUUCCCCUCCUGACUUUGGCAGUCAUUUGCAAAUCCUCUUCUCUGCAACUUUGCAGAUAUUCCUGCCGCACACCUCUCAGACCAUCCUAUAGCACUGUUUUGAGCUCACCCUGCUUGUGGCACAGAGGUUGUUCUGUCUGAAGCCAAAGGCUUUCCUUGCAAGGGAUAUGACUGAUACCUGGCUUUGUCUUUCCAGGUCACUCCUGAUCUGCUGAAGGGCCAACAGGAACUUGCACAGCAAAGCAACGAGGAAACAGCUAAGCAGAUUCUCUACAACUAUCUCAAGGAAGGGUUAGUGGGCUUGCACAAACUUGUAGCUUGUGGAAAUGGCAUUACGUUGAGGACUUGAGCAGAUGAAUAUUUGAUAUUUGGGACUGAUAUGGUGGCUAUCUCCAAUUAAUACAUUAUGCACCCUACCCUGAUUUUCAGUCCUUAAAGCAACCUUGAGGUCUAGCUAGGCAUCUCUGAUUUACUACCAGGAGGUAAAAUUCCACUCUGAUCUUAACCUACUAACAUCUGUGGCUGAGUGUCUUUUCAUAAGAUGGUCACUGUAGGAAUUGGGGGCUUUCAGGUGACUGUGAGACAUCUCAGUCAUUGCCUUGCUGGCUGACGUUUGUUCAUAUUUCAGAAGCAGUGAAAAUGAUGAUGCAACGAAGAGGAAAGUCAACUUGGUAUUUGAGAAAAUCCAGACUCUAAAGUCCAGAGCAGCAGGGAACUCACAGGUAAAGUACACGAGGAAAACAAGGUUGUCUUUCUCUUCAACUUUCUUGUGUUUAUCCACAUCCCUCACCUUGUUGUGUGAAGAAAAAAGAUUAGGGCUCCUCUGGGCAACCCUGAUGCUUGAGCACCCACUCUGGUUUGCUUCCAGUCUUUAUUGUUCUGAUUUGUUUACAGGGCAGUUAGAUGGCAAUGAGUGUUCAUCCUGCAUUCAUCCUGAUUUACUUGCAGGAUGUUUGCAUGCCUUCCCCUUAAAUAUCUCUUCAUGCUUCCAUGCAUUUUCCUGUCCCUUUCAAACUACAAACUCCAUUUCUUUUUUUAAAAGUGGAUUUUUCAUGCUAGGGUGACAGAGCAAUAUAAUCUACUUUAAUUGAGCAAAUCUAAAGUUCUGGAAUGUGCAUCCAUCCUGCAAAAGAGUGACAGUCUGAAUUCCUCCUCACUCUAUAAGAUCUAGUAACUUGGCAGGGAUUCUGCUGUGUAUUUGGAUUUCUGUCCUUUUCCAGCAUGUAAACUCCAGAGAAUAAUGAAGCUUCAGACCAUGCCAAGCUCCAUAAGUGUGUUGACGCACUGUUAAGCUGGCAAGCUGUGCUUUGUAACUGUUACACACACUUUUUAUGUCUGUUCUUUGUUUUAUGUAGAUAUCAAUGGUUAGCUGAGCACCAUCAGGUUCAAAUGUUAGUUUCAGAUUUAGGCUGAACUCCAUUGAAGUAAAAACAUGAUCCAAAGGUCCAUUCACAUGUGAUCUUGCCUUAUGUUAAGUAUGAUAUUAAUACAGGAAAUCCUUCUGCUAAUUGGUACUCAGCGUUGAAGAUGAAAAGGGAUGCUGUGCGGUGAAACGGGGGAGGGGUGAUGUUAUGUCUUCAGUGAUCUAUGUUCACCUGAGCUCGAGUCUGGACUAAGGAUCCUGAGCCCCUGCGUUCUGAUUCGAUACACGCUAUCCAAUCACGUAGCAUUAGGGUUUGGGCUACUGGCACUGGCUCUUAAGCUCUGAGUUACGAUUCGCUGCUAGGGGGGCUUAGACAGCCAAUCACGUAAUCACGUUGAGAGUGGGUGUGGCCCAGGCCUCCAGAAAUAUUUUUGCCCUUCUUAGGUUUGCCCUUCUUAGGUUGUUCCUGAUGCUUCAAUAAAUCCUUUUGAGCUGAACUUCAGCCUCAGUCAUAACUGAACCCUCCUACACUUCACGGGAAGCCCCUCCCUUUGACCAUUAGGGCUAGGGCUGGGCCUACGUGGGGUCCUUGAGAUGUUGCUCAGUGAGAUCCCCUGAGUUUAGCUCUUGCAACGCAUUCAGAACCUGGAUGGAAAAUGAGUGAAAUCUGCUGGUGAAGACAAACGCAAAACCGAAUGGACAAUUCUGUUUCAGGCCUAGUUUAAGAGGGUCGGCUUCGGCCUGAGGGGGUCCCUUGGCAAAGCGGCUCCUUGUUUGCUUAUUCAUUUGUUGAAUUUAUAUACCACCUUUUCCUCCAAGGAGUUCAAGGUGAUGUACAUGGUUCUUGCCCUCCCUGUUUUGUCCCCACAACAACCCUGUGAGGUAGGUUAGGCUGAGAAAUGGUGACUGGCUCAAGGUCACUCAGCUUCAUGGCUGAGUCAGGAUUUGAACCCGCAUUUCCCAGGUCGUAGCCCAGGGCUCUAACCAUUACACCACACUGGCUCUGAGUUGGACCCAGUGGGCUUACCUAGGAAUAGUGGGUAGCACCAAUGUGAGUGGUCCUUCUCUAUGGUGCACACAAAGGACAGGACUCCCUGGUGAUAUGUGUGUUGUCGUCCCCCCCCCCCCAGACAUUAUUUAGAUGUACAGUGGUGCCUCAGGUUAAGUACUUAAUUAGUUCCGGAGGUCCGUUCUUAACCUGAAGCUGUUCUUAACCUGAAGCACCACUUUAGCUAAUGGGGCCUCCUGCUGCCACCGCGCUGCCGGAGCACGAUUUCUGUUCUCAUCCUGAAGCAAAGUUCUUAACCCGAGGUAAUAUUUCUGGGUUAGCGGAGUCUGUAACCUGAAGCGUAUGUAACCCGAGGUACCACUGUAGUACAGUGAUGCUCCUUCAGGGACAGCGUGGGAUAAUCAGACCUUCUCUGAACUGAGGCAUUGGCUUUGGAUGGCUCUUUUAGAACAAAACAAUCUAUAGAUUUUUCAGAGCAAGCAUGUGUUCUUUGACUGUAGGCCUCUGAUACCUCUGCUUCAGUCAAGGCAUUGAUGGAACAGACAAAGGAGCUGGAAAAGGAGGUUUCUGAUCUACAGAGGAGGCUGGAUUUGGAAGUCAAGGUAGGUCCCCAUCCACCCUGUUGUUGCAUCAGUGCUGUGCGCUGCGCAUUGCUCUGCUUUCUCAGGGAGAAGCAAAAUUGUUUGCAUGGGCAGAAAGUCCAGGGACUGUCAGGGGAGCUUCACCUUUGCAUCAGAGUGCCCUUCUUUGGGGAGCCCAUAGCUCUAUGUUGGGCCUAGGCUAGGUUUACCAGACAUCCCCGGUUCCCGGGGACAGUCCCCGGUUCUGCAAAUCUGUCCCCGGACAAAUUCUGUCCCCAGAUUUGCAAAUCUGUCCCUGGAAAACGUGGCAGCUGCAGCCUCAGCAGCCGGAGCUAGCCUGUUAGCGCAGUUGGCUCUGGCUGGCUUCAGGAGCUGCUCGCUGCCAUGGCACCCACCAUAUUUCUUGCGCCACGGCAGCGGGCAGCGAGCAGCUCCUGAAGCCAGCCAGAGCCAACUGCACUACCAGCCUGGCCCCUCCUGGGCAACGACUGCCCGCCCGCGACUCCUGAGCCUCCCCUGAUCUGUCAAAACAAAGGGGGAAGGGGGCAGGAGAUCGGGGAAGGCUUGGGAGUCAUGGGUGGGCGGUGUGCCAUUGCCCAGUUUUUAAAAGAACUGCACAUUUAUGUUUCACAGGGUGCGAAAGAAGGGCUUUGCACCUUUAUACAAUAUGCAUGUGUGCUUGGGCCCAGGGUCUUUUGCCUCACCAUCCCCACUACUGACUCCCUCUUGCUACUUAGCCAGAUUCAUUGAAAAAAAAAUCUGGUAAUAUUUCUCCACCCUGGGCCACAUAGCACCCUGUCUGCCUGAGAGCCAAUGCUGGCCUAGUUGGACCAAAGGCCUCUCAGAAUACAGAAGCUGUCUAAGCUGAUGGGGGCUGGCUGUGGAUGUGGCCCCGAGCCCUGAAACUAGAGCUGCUGCUGGUGUUGAGCCCAGCUGCUGGGUACAGUGAAUUUCUGCAAAUGUUACUAUUUAAAAAGGGGGGCACAUAGUAACUCAAUGUAUUGCCUGCCCCUUUUCUUAAAAAUGCAGCAUUCUUUCCGAAAAGGGCCCCCCCCCCGGCCUCUUCCCAGCAUCCUGUGUUUCUGAUCUCCCCUGUUUGCAGAACCAACAGAACAUUGCAGAUGAAAGAGAUGCAGUGAAGGCAGAGUUGAGAGUGCUCCAGCAGCAGCUGGAAAAGACCAUAGAAGAUAAAGACACCUUCCGGAAGCAGCUGGAGGAGAGCGAGAAAGACCUCAGGCAGCACCUUGAAGAGUGAGUUUUGUGCAGCAGGACCUGCCUGCCUGCCUGCCUGCUGGUGUGAAUAGCAGGGCCCUCUUGGGAAUCACCCCCUCAGCCCACAGAUCCCAUCUUAACCUCCCUCCCUCCUUUGCAGCCUUCCAUCAAGAGCCUGAUAGGGAUCUUGGCUUAGGGGCACAAUGUUCGUGCCCCUUUCAGGUUUCAAUCCAUUUCCCUCAAAAUGCACUGCAAAGAAGCAAAAGACUUUGCUUCUUUGCAGCUCUCUUGCUACUCUCCCUGCCUGCCUCUGCUUUGCUUCUGUCUGCGCCAGGAGUGGGGAACCUGGGAGGGGGGAGAUGUUGCCAGGAACCCCAACUAGUACGGCCAAUGGUCAGGGAUAAAGGCAAAGGGAGAAGCUGAGCACUGACUGCAGUUCUUUCCCAGAAAUGAUGAAAAAAGGGAGUGGCCAGAGGAAAACAUCCCAGAAACACAGUUUGGUUUCACCAGAUGUUUUUCUCUUACUGCCAAAACUGUGGCUCAGGCAUCCCUCCAUUGCUAUGUUUAUGUAGGAGCUGCCCCCCAACUACACCAGCGGCCUCGGUUUCCCUCUGUUCUCACCAGAAGCUCUCCCAAAUAAACCUGUGACUUUUCGUGUGACUCUGGAGAGAGUUGGCUGAGAGCGUCUUCUUGGGGAGGGAGUUCCCAAGGCAAGAGGUUGGGAGGCCGCCAGCACCAUGAACGCCCCAACUUUCCAUUUGCCAUCACCUGAAAGGAGGGGACCCCUUUGGCCUUCCUCAGAAAUCAAGAAUAUAUACAUGAAAUAUAUACAUGACCAAAUAUCGGUAGAAAACACGAUUCCGUUUCCCUUAUGGAGGCUUUUUCAAGUGAAAAUGGAGCAGGAGCAACAGCAGACGGAGAUCCGGGACUUGCAGGACCAACUGUCUGAGAUGCACGACGAGUUGGACAACGCGAAGCACGCUGACGAUGGCGAGAGGGAGAUGCUCCUUGGGGUGAGUCGUGAGGGAGGCAGAAUACGACCUGGGGGAGGGGCCGUGGUUCUUUUUGGAAGAAGGGGCAGAAACCAGCAGGCCUUCUGCUGUGUUGGAAAUAGCCACUGUGGUAGUCCAGGCCUGCGGGAAGUGUUCUCCUAUCCAAGGUUCCUGAGGUGAAUUGGCAGCACCAGAGCAAAGGGUUCAGUUUAAGGGCCAAACAAGAGGAGAUGUUGGAAGAUAUCGACUUCUUCCUGAUCACUGACCAAGCAGUGAGACACUGCUUUUCAUCCCAUAGGACAGGUGGAGAGGGGAAUUCUUGUCCCCAGUAUCUUUUUCCUCUGUGUGGAGCCAGUGUGGUGUAGUGGUUAAGAGCGGUGGACUCGUAAUCUGGGGAACUGGGUUCGCGUCUCGGCUCCUCCACAUGCAGCUGCUGGGUGACCUUGGGCUAGUCACACUUCUUUGAAGUCUCUCAGCCCCACUCACCUCACAGAGUGUUUGUUGUGGGGGAGGAAGGGAAAGGAGAAUGUUAGCCGCUUUGAGACUCCUUAGGAUAGUGAUAAAGCAGGAUAUCAAAUCCAAACUCUUCUUCUUCUUCUCUGCAAAGCGAGAAACACCUGGGGUGAUUUGGGUUGUGAGAAUGGUUAAGCACUCUCCUUCCUGCAGCCUCUGCCUGCUGCUACAGUCAUAUUCAAAGCCUUUUGAAUCUGUGUUAAGGUUGCAAAAUCUUCAGAAGACUGUGUUUCAUCUCAUUGUGCCCUGAGCUGGAGUUGGGUAAGGAGAUAGAUCUGAGCCAAAGCCAAAAGUUUGGGCAAAGGGAGGAAAUCUGGGCUCCUGGUCUCUGUACCAAGCCUGGCCCAUCCAGAGAGUUCUUGCUGCCUGCCAGUGAUAGAGGCUGAGGCUCGGGGUGGUGGCCUGUUGCAUUUCACCACCUGAAAAUCUACAUUGAGAACAGGCAGGGGAAUCAAAUUGACCUAGCCCAACAGUUGAAGUGAGACUCAAAGUCCACCGUGGGGAGGAAAGAGGCCCGCUCUGAAUCAGGCUGGGCGGGUGCAGAGUCCACAGAGGAAAGCCCCUGCCAUUUUGUCUCUAGGGAUGGGAGGAGACCAGCAGCACCUCCUAUUUGCUGAAAGGUUGCUGUAGAGGUGGUAUGGGGGGGGUUUACUGCUGAGGAGGAGGAGGCAGAUUUGGCCUCUAAUAAAUGCACCAUCACUGCCACUGUGGUGGCAGUGGCAGAUGGUGCAUUCUUGAAGGCUGGACCUGUGGAUCCUGCCGCCUGAGGCAUUCACCUCACCUUGCCUCAUGGGUGGGCCAGCCCUGCUGAUGCUCUACACUUAUAUCCUCUUCUGUGGCUGAAGAGGACUCUGCGGCCUGAGCACCAACAGUUUCAGGUAACUCUUCAAGCUAGGACUUGGUGCUGAGUUUCUGAGGGCCUUGGAAAUGUCCCUUCUGCUCUCAGUGGUUUUGACCUCUCUUUUUAAGCAGUGCUGGCUACAAGUCUCUUCUUUUUUUUAUUGGUGCAGGAGCUAAUGCAGCUGAAGCAGGAUCUUCAGGCCAUCCUGAGGGUCAAAGAACAGCAGGAAGACAUCCUGAGGAAGCGAGAGCGUGAACUGACAGCCCUGAAGGGGGCCCUGAAGGAAGAAGUGUCCAGCCACGACCAGGAGAUAGACCGGCUCAAAGAGCAACACAGCCAGGAACUCCAGACCCUGAGAGGGAGUUUGGAAGAAGCUACAGAGGUUAGUGUGGUGCAGAGCCAAACUUAACAUUCAGCCAAGGCUGUUGUUCAUUGGGAGACCCUGGAGGUGAACAACUGGUUUGCUGGAGCAGGAACUAGCUAGCAGCUAGCAGGGGACUCACCCAGCCCAGGAGCCAGGUUGCUGUGCUGGGGUAGCUUUCAUCCUGGGGUUCCCCAUCACCCGGUUACUCCCCUGUCCCUGUUUGAAAUGAGCCUCUACCUGCUCCCUGGGCCUGGUCACUCCUGUCCUGCUGACACCCUUGGAGUCAUCUGGGGAGCGGCUGGGGCCAUGUCCCUGAGUCAUGUAUUACAGCAUCUGCCUUUGCUGUUCUCGGUUCCUGGGCUGACACCCUUCCUUCCAGGCUGGACAUUGAACCCUGCUGGACAGGAAGGACUAUGAGGGGGCAACAAAGGCCUUCUGGACUUUUCUUGUGUUCCUUUGGUCCCUGGUUCCUAAUUCCUGGCUCACCUCAGACCCAGCCAUGACAUUUGAGCGAGGCCCAGGUCCAAAGUACAGAAAUCCUCCUUCAGACAGCAUGUAAUAAACACUUGGGCUUCAGGAUGUGUCUGGGACGGAACUCGUUUAAAUGGCUCCCUGAAAGCGAAGGGACAGAAUUGGGAACAGGGCAGGUCUUCCGACAGCUGUGAGCUGAAUGGAGCCUCCAUUUGCAGAGGAAGUCUUAUCUCUGCAGCUGGAUACUGACCACAAGGUGGAGGGCGGGGUGGGGGGCACCAGAACAUGGCCCUAGAGAGACUUUUGUCCGGUUGAGCAAGAGGAGUCUUAUAGAGCAGUUGCAGUCAGAACAGAGGCGGCUGCCCGUGGUCUCAGACAGCUCCCUGCUUUAGUGCUCAGAAGCCCAAGGCAUUUCCCUGUACCUCCACUUCCCUUAAUAGGAACUGGGGAAGCAGGGGUAGAAAAUUGGGGUUCAGACUCAGGAGGAGGAUGCAGACUUGUGGGGAGGAGUGAAGAAGGCCUUUGAAAUGGAGCAAGAAGAUCUCCUGGCAAGUAUGGGAUGCUCUCCUGUCCUGACUUAGGUCCUUUUUAGGGUCCCAUAAGCCCUCCUGGGGGGGAGAGGAUCAGAGUCCAGAGGCAGAGCCCCCGAGUUGCAUGCAUAAGGUUCAAUCCCAGGGAAUCUGGAAAGCGCUGCCACUUGGGAGACUGGACUCAGCUAGCUGGAGAAAUUAAGUGGCAUGGUGGAAGGCUGGUCUCAUGUUCUUCCCUUCUCCUUUGGUGGAAGAUUUGUGCUGGCCCAUGAUUUUUUUUGGUUCCUGUAGCUGUUGUUGAGGAGCGCAGAGAGGACAGAACUGUGCACCCCACCCACUUGCCUGCUGCCCUCUGCUGGUGCAGUGAAGGGUACUGUGCUAUUGCCCACUUUGAUAUAAGAUUUAAGUGCCCAUCCCAGGGACUUCUCUGUUUGUGAAGGGGGAACCAAAGGUGUUAAAAUGUAUUCCCAGCCCUGGGAAUGAAGCAGCUUCAUACAUCCUGGUGGAUUGUAGCCCAGCCACAGUUGCCUGUCCCCCCUACUUUGCCACACUGAAUGGCACACAUAAGCCACUCGCUUGUUGCUUCCUGGCCAACUGGUCAAAAAUGGAAUAAACAUUUGCCUCCCAUUUCAGAUACUUUGCUCUGUUUAUUUGCUGCAUGUUCGGAAUGUAAAAGCCAAUCUGCAUCCUGUAGCAGAACUUCUUUGGCCUCCACAGAGCAUCCUUGUGAAGCUGAGUCCAUGCACAUGUAAAAAUCUAUUUAAUGGUCUUGGCAAGUCAUUAGACAAAGCCUGCAAGGCACAGAUUAUCCCUUUAAACACUUUGUGGAAACUCAAAGGCUCUGAUGCCGUCAUCCUUCCCCUCCUCCCGGUCAGUCCCUUUAAUCUUGAGUGUGCUAGAUUCAUUCAGUUUUUAAUCUGACCAGACCACAUUUUCCAUUGUGAAUAUCAUAUUGCAGUAAUAACAAUAAGAUAUGUUAACACAGGCAGCCCUCAUUUGCUUCCUGCCUGUGGCUUAGGCAUAGGCCACCGAUGUUUUGGGUGAAUUUCACCAGCAAUCUUCAGUAGCAAGAGCUGGUGGGAAGGAGCCAGUUCUGCUGCCAAUUUGACCCUUUUCCUGUGGCUUCCACAGCCACCCCCCUGCUCUGCCAUGCAUAUAUUGGUGAGGGGGCAGGGGGCUGGCCCUUCACUGCGUCCCUUCCCAGCAUUCUACCUCUCUGGUGUAUUCUUAGUGCAUUGCAUAGCUCACAUGUCCCCAACCUGGUGCCCUUUAGCUGUUGUGAACUGCAACUUUGAUCAGCCCCAGCAUUAUACAGUUGCACUGGCUGAAACUGGUGGGAAUUUGGAAACAGCUGGAGAGCACCAGGUUGGGGACAGCUGGUAUUGUUGACUGUCCCUGCUUUUUGCACAAUGAUUUCACUCGAUUUUUCUGGUUGCGUGGUGGAAAUGGUGACUUAUCAGAACUGAGCAGUUCUCCUACUCAAGCCUACUUAAAUCUGCCUUGUGGGUGGGUGGAUAUUGGAAGUAAAAGGAGUUCCUUUAGAUGUUUUGUUGUUUAUUUGUUGCAUUUCUAAACCAUCCUUCAUUCAAACAAAUUCCAGGUCAGUUUACAAAAUGAGUAACAUUUAAACUAUGAAUAGAAGAGUAAAAGAGCAGUUUAAAAGAAUGAGACAAAAUACAGCAGCAGGCAUAAUCUGCCUGGAUUCCAAGACCUGAUCUGAGGCUGAUCACUUCCACCAAGAGCAAGUCUGCUUGAAGAAGGACAUUUUAACUUGGUACCUGAAGGCCUGAUCAGUGCUGAUCACACCUCUAGUGCGAGGGAAUUCUGUAGUCAAGUUGCUGCUGCAGAGAAGCCCCUGAAUACAGAUAAUUGCAUAUCCCAGUGGGAUGUUCUGCUUGAUUGUCAAUAAUUGGCUGAAAGAUCUGGCAAAUAUAUGUUUAUAUUAGCAGUUAAAAAACACACACCAUGUGGUUAAAAAAACCUAACAUUCUGCACAGAAGGGUAAUCAUGUGGUUCUUAUUGUUUGUCAAGCUGACAUUAUUUAUAUCUGGAAGUUUCAUUUGAGCCACUUUGUUAAAACCCUCCCAUGUUAAUUCUUUUGGCCUAACUGAACUUUAUAUAACCAGCUUACUGUUUGGCAGAGGUGUCAAAAUCUUCUGCUGUUCUGUUAUUUCCAUUUAUUACUCCAUUUCCAUUAAACUGAAUCGUCUGUUUGCCUUUCUGUGUUUGGGUUUUUAAAAAUCAUUUUCUUAUCUACUUGGCUGCAGCACUAAUUACAGCCAUAAAGGCCCCAUGAAGCAGCAGCGCAUAGCACAAUGUGGCACUUCCUGGCCAGAGGCCAUGUGAAGCGACUUCCCUCUGCUGCUGAAUUUUUGGUGCUAUGAAGGGGUGCAGAGAGAGAUUGGGCCCGGCCCAUCAGGAAGUUCUCUACCACAAACCCCACUGACACGAACAUGAGAUGGAAAAAGAGCUUGGCUGUAUUCUUUCUUAUUCAUUUCAGUGGGGCUUGUGCAGGAGAAUUUCCCAGUGCUCUGUGUUGUACAGUAGUUGAUUUAAGAAGUGAGUUGGUCUGUCUUGGGCACCAAAACGUUUUCAUGCUGCCCCUGGUAUCAGGUGUAAGACAUGCCACGCUGCCUUAGUUCUCAAAGCUUGGCCCAGUUCUCCUGCAGUCUAGUCUCGCUCUUUUCCUAAGGCUAUCUAGAAGCAAGCAGAAUACUUCUAUCUGAUGGUGUCACAUCUGAAACAGGGAAACCUAUAUCGGUAGGGCGGGAGCUUUGGGGUUUCCCUGCUUAAAGCCUAACAAUUCCACAGGUUGAGGCCCUGAGGGAAAACAAUCCACCCGUCUAGCGAGACCCAGGCCAUUGCUGGGAACGCGAGUUAAUCUUCUACUCGAUUGGUAUGACCUUGGCUGUGCUGGAGAGCCGAGCAAACAGAGUGUGGCAGAAGCAAUGUACGGCUAAGAGGAUAACACAGCCCUGAAAUAACCACUUGUUGAUAGGUUAAUCCUUUUCCUGCUCUGGCUGCUUGUAGCCACGUUAGGCUGUGUUUAUGCUGUGAAUGAAGUGGCUUGUUUAGCAUGAACUGUACGUGGUAAUCAAAGAUAGGAGUGACACACUCUGUUAUUAACCCAGGAACAAGGCUCUGGAGUCCUCUUUUGACUCAAACUGCACCUUGGUUCACACACAGCAAGCCAUCACUCAAUAGCUGCAGCAUCUGGCAAUGACUAAAGGAGAUUAGGCAAAUUCAUGGACAAAGAGAAAGCUAGUUGUGGCUCCAUUGGACUAUCCAGAGGCUGGAUGUACUGCUAAAUAUACCAGUUUCCAGUCGCCCUUGCUCUCCCCAGCUCCUCUCUUCCCAGGGACGUCUUAUGUCCCUUGAUUUAAAACAACAACAUCCCCAAAUUAAAAAACACACAAGUUAAAAAGCAGUUAGAAACAAUUAAAACAUUUAAAACAAUUAGGGCACUAAUAACAGCAACAUAAUCCCUCCUAACAGCAACAACGCCGCCCUCAAACAAUUCCCCAACCCAAGAGUCUGUUCAGCCACCUCAGCUUUGGUAGCUGGAGUCAGUCAGGGCGUCAGCCUCCCAUGGCAGGUAGAAAAGUCCUGCAAGGCAGGGAGCAGGUCUUCCAGCCGAGAUGUGAACGGAUUGCACCAAAGGCUCAAUGUCCAAUGCCAAGUGAUGUGAACAGUCUGCCUGUGACACUUGGUCUGUGGUGAUGGUCCAUAACACAGACAAACCAUCACAUGAUGUUGUAGCCCCUCAAGUGAUGAGCAGGCUGCCACUGGGAUGGUUCGUUCCCACAGCAAGCCCACGCUAGAGGUAUUCAUUUUUUUCAUAUUUGUAGGCAAAGCGUGAAGACGGUGGCAUGGAGUUGAGGCAAAAAUAGUGUUUGAUGUUGCACACAUUCCCCCCACUUUGGUGGGGAAAUUUCUGAAAUCCAGAAAAGCUGUUAUUCCAGCACACGUGUUAUCUCCAAAAGUUUUGUGUCAGGCCAGGUUUUGUUGCCAAGUCAGAAAAUGGGUUGGGGGUGGGGACUUUGAAAUGAGUGACAGGAACUGAGCUAACCCAAGGUAUUUUUAUGCCCAUGUUGCCUCUUUUGGAAUUAACACAGAUCAUGAUUAAUUGGAUAUUUUACCUGUUGAAGUCUCCCUAAAGCGAUUCUGUGCUACAGAAGCCUCCUGCCAUUGGUGGAAAUGUCUAAUGAGUCAGACUUGCCUGUCUCCUAGUUUUCAGCUUUUAAUGGCAUCCCAAAUGGAGAAGCCUUCAAUUUAGAGUUCAAAUUUAAGUUUAGAUGUUAGAUUAGAAGCUUUCAGAAGGAAGUCCAGUGAUCUUCCUUUCAACUAAACCCUAAUUCUGAGUGAUAAACUACCAAGGUAAAAUGGGUUAAUCCAGCCCCCACUGUCUGUUAUUAGCAUGCCUUUUGAUAAUUAGGCUAAGUAUACAAUAAUCUCUCAGGCGAUGUACACACCCAAUUCCUUCUAGGAUUUUAGUACUGAGAGUCAGAAUUCAGAUCCAUUAUCUUGGGGCUGCUACAUCACUGUAUCCCUGGAAGGGAGUUGGCCUAUAACUUAGGUGGGUCACAACUGAAGUGUUGGAAGAUAAGUCACUGGGUCUCCUUCAGCAUUGUGUCCAGUUAUUCUUUGACCCAAAGGAGGAAAGGUUAUUUACUAUAAGAACUGCUUUGAGAGUUAAAGCAAAACAAACAAAAUCCAGCCUUAUUUUCCACCUUCAUUUGUUGAUACAGUUUUUCGCCCCACUGUGUCUAAGCUAAGCAAACUCUCUAAACUGCUGUUGUAUGGCCAGACUGCUCGCUUGACCUGUGGGGCAGGGGUUGUUUUCCCAACCCACAAUAUGCUUGUUUUUUAAACUGUCCAGACGGUGAUAUUCUUAUAUCCAGUUAAGAUAACCAGCUUACUCCACAUUCAGCACUAAGUCUUUUCUGUAAAUUCAUCAGCAGGAUUGCAGGGCAACUCUUGGGCCCAUCCAAGAUGGCCAGAAACUGAAAAUCUGCUUUGAACUUGGCUUCCUUCUGACAUGAAGGGAAUGUUGUGAGUCACACUUAGCUGUGUAGUUAAAUGGGCCUCCUGAGCUGCAAGGACUUAGCUGUACUUUAGCAACAGAAUCCUAGAAUUACAGAGUUGGGACCCCAAGGGUCAUCUAGUUCAGCCCCUGCAAUGCAGGAAUCUCAGCUAUACUUCCAUGACAGAUGGCCAUCCAACCUCUGCUUAAAAACCUCCAAGGAAGGUGUAGUAAAGCUAGUAUCAUUUAGAAGUUGUUCCUUGGUCAAGCAAUGAGAGUGAGGCCUUGUGGGUAACCAACAAGCCACAAGGACCAUGGGAAAUAAGUUCUGUCCCUUUAACCCCAGACUAACAGGCACCCAGGGUGUGAAAGUUUUAUUAUGGGAGAGGAAACCCUGAUUUAAUGGAAGGCUUGACACCUGGGUCCAAGUUCUGCGCAUUCCGUUAGUGAUGUUAUCUGGCCUUAAUGGCCUGGGAAUGUGCAUCUGCAGAGGCGCCAAGGAAGGGAGGACAACCUUUGAUUGAGGCUCUGGGUUCUUAAUUGGCCCAGCUGCCAGAAGUUAGAUUGAUUAGUCCACAAGCCGGUCAUUGGAGAAUUUAAAAAUAAUCAAGAGUUAUGAUUGGUUUUGGGGGUUCCGACGCCACGUGUGAAUCAGGGUUAAAAGACCUGGGAAAUGGCUGAGAAAGUGCGCUCUGCAAUCCGCAAAUCGCCCGGCUGCUAAUGUUCCAUCUAAGUAGCUGUCUUUGCAUCCUUUGUGUUGGAGAUCUGCGAAAGCCUUUGAACUGCGGAACCUUGAAAGGACUCUAUCUAUUUCUUUUGUACUUUAGUUGUGAGUAUGCAAGCUAGCUAGAUUUCACAAUGUUUUUAUUUUUCUUGUCUGUAACUUACUAAAGAUGUGCCUGCUAUUUUAGCAUGUUUUCUUAUGUUCUUUUAAAAUAAAUUUUAAAUAAGAAACUGUUUUGGUUUGUGUGCCUUUCCGGGGGGAAAGUCUAAGUCCUAGCCUUACGCUUAGUUACGCUUUACCGUAAAACUUCUGUCUGCAAGUUUGUGGAUUCAACUUGUGGAGUGGGGAUAACCAGUAACAACAGGGUACAGCCUACUCCCUGGGUUGUGACUCUAGGUUUCCCGGAACAGAGGGAGUGGUGGCAGCUCUACCGGUGUGAUUUUGUCCUGCUUCUGUAUAACGUAACUUUGCCUGCCAGCCCUGCUCAAGAAACCUGAUCUGGCCGGAGAGCAAAGACAGGUGAGGGAGGAGCGAGCGGCUGGGGGCAACUUUACUACAUGGUGGCAGCGGUGGGAUCGAGCUUCCCUGCGGAAAGGCACUUUGAAUUUUUUUAAAUUGGCACGUAUCUUUUGGGAGUUACAGGUAGUUUAUUUUUUUGGCUAGAGAUAGUUAGGAGAUGGAUGCCGCGUCGUCGCAGGAAUGCACCUUGCAGACAUUAGACCAGUGGGGAUUGGUGGGAGGAAGCAAUUCCCUUCCUGUGGAGACCAAUCCCCCCCAAGCUUUAAGCCCCAGAGCGGAAUCCGCCCCCUGGUUUUCAGAAGACCCUGAAUCAGAGGGGGAGCUGGUGGAUGCCAGCGAGUUAAGUACUGUCCGGAGGGGUCGGCGAGAGUCCUGUAUUGCGGAAAGAGCAAGGGGCACGCCAGUUACCCAACCCCUAUCGCCUCGUGAGGAAGUGGAUGCCUCCACACGUCCGAGGGGGAACUAUCUUGUUUACACAGAGCCUAAAGAGAUGGAUUUCUCAGAAGGUUAUGAUGUGGAGUGGAUGCGAGAUCCGGUGAAUGGUGGAUUCCGUUGCCGAGAGAAACAUCCAAAAAUGGGCCAAUCCAUCCUGAUGGGGCCGAGAGUCAGCCGGAUGGCGUAUGACUACAAAGAUCUGCCGCACCAGCUGCAGGAGGUGACUGUGGGAGACUGCCGCCGAGAAGCGGGCGCGCCCGACGUCCGCCGGAUGGAGAGACAGCGGUCACUCAGUCCGGGUAGAGUCUACUCGCCAGUCAGAGCUCAAGAGGUGUACGUGCCGGUGCGACGGUAUGUGGCAGAGGAAGAGGAGGAGUUUUUUCAGCGACCCAAGCGUGGAUUCGCAACGGCAGCUGAACCGGUACGCCCGGACGGGCCGGCGCUUCAAAACCCUGCGCCGAGGUAUGAACUUGUUCCAGUGAGGGGAAAUCACCGCCAACAGUCCCCUCCAGGACUGUCUUUGAGUACUCUUAAUUGGAGGGUCUUCCCGAAAUAUCAGCCCCCCACUGACGUUCUGAGUUAUCUGACUCUUUUUGAAGUAACUUGCAAGGACAUGGGAGUUGCUCCAACUAUGUAUAUGGCUGUUCUGCGCCCCUAGUUUGUGGUGACCUGGCAGAGCUUAUGGGUCACCUCCCCUCAUCUGAACUCAAUGACUAUGAAAGUUUCAAAAAGUUAGUCAUGCAGAGGCAUGGAUUGCACCCCGAGAAUUAUCGAAAGGCUUUUCGAAAAGUAGAGAAGUCGGGGCUCAGUGAUAAUAUUGCAGUUUUCUCAGCAAAAAUGGCUCAAAACUUCGAACUGUGGCUUGCCGCUGAAGGGGUGGGGGACUUUGAAGGAUUCAAACAGCUUAUAUUAAUUGAACAACUGAUGCGUUCCCUGCCCUCAGAAAUUGCUAGUCUGGUUGCAGACCAAAAGCCACGAACUCUAACGGAAGCCACCACCUUUGCUGAGUCUUUUAGGCUUAACCGCUCCCAUUGGACCAACAAGGGACCAAGUAAUGUGUGUAAACCAGCAGUUUCAAUGGGGAAGUCUGCUCCCCCCAUUAAGGAACAAAGCAAAGGUUUCCUGACGUCUGCAAAAGACUCUGUUGUAGCAGGGGGAGAACGUACCAAAUUGUCCCCAACCUCUGGACUGUGUUUCUUUUGUAAACAACCGGGGCAUGUAAAAGCGGCUUGCCCCCAGCUGGGUAGCCAAAAGCCUCCUAUUCUCACUUCCACCCCUGCCGUGCACCUGAUUCAGCGGCAGGAAGAGGACUGGGAAGGGGAACAACAAAAAGCCGGAGCUGGGGAAACCCCGAUCCUGGAUGGGAAGGGUGUGGCAGCUCCUGACGUUAUGGCUCCUGGAACAGCUGAAGCCACUUCUAAUGCUGUUAUAGUGGGACCUGUGGGUACCAGUGCUGAUCCAAAUGCGCCGCAUGUGAAGUGGGCUAUUUCGGAGUUUACAGCGCCCAUUGAAGUCAACGGGAUUGCUGUGAACUCUUUCAGAGACACAGGGUCAGAUAUUACCAGUGUGUCCCGUGAUUUGGUUAUGCCUAUACAAAUGCAGGAUAAACCCAUGAAAAUUAGUCCCUAUGGGGUGAAAGAGAUUUUUCAACCUACUGCUAUUAUUCCAAUUUCGUAUAUGGGUUUUCAAGGAAAAAUGUUAGUUAUAGUGCAUGACCCGAAGAUGUGUAAAAGUCCUGUCCUGGUUGGUAAUGAUUUGGGAUACCGGGUUCACCAGCAACAACAUACAGUCAACAUUUGUUCCAUUAAGGUUUCACCCACCCAGGUACAGGGGAUGGAGAACUGGGGAACAACACCUCAAGGUUUGAGGGCUGAGGAGAAUCUUGUCCCGGAUGGGGAAGGUGGAAGUCUAGCGCCUGAUGCUAUAACUCCCGAAACUACUGGGACUGUUGAGACUGCAGUAUCUGAGAAAUUGGUUGGGAGGAGGGUUGGCUUAAUACGCACUGCCACUCCCUGUGUUAAUUGGCCCUGCUCAGCGUCUGACGUAAUCCCCAGGGUUCAUCGAGUUGUUGUGCCUUCUUUUCAAAGUAUGGACUCUGUUACCGGGACUUUAUCAAAAGACUCAGUUUUGUCCCAAUGGAACCAGCCUGACUUCCAGAAGAGUAAUUCUGGUGGGGGAAUUAAAUUUCCCCCACCUGCAACUGCUGAUGUGCUUACCUCCAAGGAUUGUAUGGGGGAUCCUUUUGUUCCAGUUCUUGAACCCCAAGUUAGUGCAAAUUUCAUUGUGGGGGGGAAAUGCUUUGAAAUCUGCAGUUCCGUUGCAGCAGCUUGCAGCAAACCUAGUAGCAGAGACUGUGAACUAUGCAAGCGGUCCCUAUCAACCAAAAGCUGAGAGGCAAGCAGAAGGAGGGGGGUCAGCCCAGCCCAGUCAAGCCGCUGUAGGAAGUUUUGAGUUUUUUGGUCAUUCUCUCCUAGGUUGCCGGGAAGCUGCAGAAACUCCCCUGGUGAGACUGAAUUUAUCUCUGUUGGGGCUGACAAAGAAUUUCUUUACCCACAGCUCAAGGACUUUAAAGACCCUGAUGAUGUGUUUAUUGCUUUUCAAAAGAUGUUUUAUGAUGCAAAUGUUUGUGUAAAGAAGAAAUUGAAUUUGGUGGGUCUUUUACAGAAUCUCAGUCCUAGGAAACAGGAUGAUGAUGUUAUGAGCAAAAAUGUUUUCAGGUUUGCUUGGAAUUCCAUGUUGCCCAAUCCCUGUGUUCAAAAUCUGUUGGGAGUUUUGGUUGAAAUCUACUCAAGGAAUUCAGAGUUUGUGUUGGGUUUUGGCAAACCCCUAGAAGAUUCUUUGGGUAUGCUCAGAGGAAAAUGGGAGGGAUUGGAAGAAGUUAAGUUGAUUCUUUCUGAUUUGUGGCCAAAACACCUUAAGCAUGUGCAGAGUGUCUUGGCUCGAGUGCAAGAUCCAAACCUGACCAGAAAGAAACAUAAAUGUCAGUUUGCUCAAGGAAAAGUGAUUCCCUUGGAAUUCAGGGUGGGGUCAGGAAACGUCAAAUCUCUAGAGGCCAAGGUGCAAAACAUUCAAGAUUGGCCCCGCCCCGUGGUGGAACAAGAUGUGCAGUCGUUCAUAGGGUUGGUAAAUUAUUAUAGGAAGGGUGUCAAUCAUUUUGCCACAUUAGCUGCUCCUCUUACCAACCGUUGUAAGAAAUCUUUGCCAGUGAAAGUAGAUUGGACUGAAGAGUGUCAACGGGCUUUUGAUCUGUUAAAACAUGCCCUUGUGAGUUCCCAGGUUAUGUUGGCCCCAGAUCAGAGACGUCCGUUUGUGGUACAAACUGAUGCCAGUCAGACCGGGCUGGGAGCAGUUUUGCUCCAAGAAGAUCAAGAGGGAAAUUGGCGUCCCGUGGUUUACCUGAGUAAAAACUGAUAACCCGGGAGCAAAAUUAUUCAGCCAUUGAGAAAGAGUGUUUUGCUUUGGUCUGGGCUCUGACCAAACUGCGUUCUUAUCUGUGGGGCAACAUCUUUGAAGUUCAAACGGAUCACUCCCCACUUUGUUGGCUGGAGAGAGUAAAGGCAUCCAACCAGAAAUUGCUUCGGUGGAGUCUAGCCUUACAGGACUUCCAGUUUAACGUCACACAUAUUGCUGGGAAGGACAAUGUGGUUGCUGAUACCUUGUCUAGGAUGUAUCAAUCUGUUAAAUGAAGUAUUAAGGUGUAUUUUGCCUGAAUUCUCAGCUGAAAAAAAAAACUAUUGGUGAUUAUUGUCUUGCAACUGUGUAAAUAUCAGACUGGGGGAUGGUGCUAAUGAUUUUGGGAGCUGCUGCCCCCCCAGACUGGUCCAACUACCUCAAUGUAUAUAUUUUGUUGGAUGAAAUUGCGGGACUUAACCCUGUAAUUUCAUCUUAGGGGGGAGGGUGUAGUAAAGCUAGUAUCAUUUAGAAGUUGUUCCUUGGUCAAGCAAUGAGAGUGAGGCCUUGUGGGUAACCAACAAGCCACAAGGACCAUGGGAAAUAAGUUCUGUCCCUUUAACCCCAGACUAACAGGCACCCAGGGUGUGAAAGUUUUAUUAUGGGAGAGGAAACCCCUGAUUUAAUGGAAGGCUUGACACCUGGGUCCAAGUUCUGCGCAUUCCGUUAGUGAUGUUAUCUGGCCUUAAUGGCCUGGGAAUGUGCAUCUGCAGAGGCGCCAAGGAAGGGAGGACAACCUUUGAUUGAGGCUCUGGGUUCUUAAUUGGCCCAGCUGCCAGAAGUUAGAUUGAUUAGUUCACAAGCCGGUCAUUGGAGAAUUUAAAAAUAAUCAAGAGUUAUGAUUGGUUUUGGGGGUUCCGACGCCACGUGUGAAUCAGGGUUAAAAGACCUGGGAAAUGGCUGAGAAAGUGCGCUCUGCAAUCCGCAAAUCGCCCGGCUGCUAAUGUCCCAUCUAAGUAGCUGUCUUUGCAUCCUUUGUGUUGGAGAUCUGCGAAAGCCUUUGAACUGCGGAACCUUGAAAGGACUCUAUCUAUUUCUUUUGUACUUUAGUUGUGAGUAUGCAAGCUAGCUAGAUUUCACAAUGUUUUUAUUUUUCUUGUCUGUAACUUACUAAAGAUGUGCCUGCUAUUUUAGCAUGUUUUCUUAUGUUCUUUUAAAAUAAAUUUUAAAUAAGAAACUGUUUGGGUUUGUGUGCCUUUCCGGGGGGAAAGUCUAAGUCCUAGCCUUACGCUUAGUUACGCUUUACCGUAAAACUUCUGUCUGCAAGUUUGUGGAUUCAACUUGUGGAGUGGGGAUAACCAGUAACAACAGGGUACAGCCUACUCCCUGGGUUGUGACUCUAGGUUUCCCGGAACAGAGGGAGUGGUGGCAGCUCUACCGGUGUGAUUUUGUCCUGCUUCUGUAUAACGUAACUUUGCCUGCCAGCCCUGCUCAAGAAACCUGAUCUGGCCGGAGAGCAAAGACAGGUGAGGGAGGAGCGAGCGGCUGGGGGCAACUUUACUACAGAAGGAGAGUCCACAACCUCCCAAGGGAGUCAAUUUUUGAGCCAUGUUGCAGAUCUGCCCAGAUUGAUUUGUGCACUUGAGGGGGAGGGUGCAGUAGCAGCUAGAGUUGUGCUUCUGACACAUUGGAAAGCGGCAUUUUGGAAGCAGGAGAGGAAGAAUUUGUGUUGGAGAGACUUGGAUCCGUUUUGGUCACCAAAGUGGAUAGCUUUCUUGGUUGCUGUGCUAGCCCAUUGAGCAGCAUGUGCCUCUUAGGUUGCACUGCAGAACUGGUGCCCCUGCAGAUAUUGCCCUCCACUAGGGAGUCUUGUGGGCUUCUUCUGCAGUUACACCAUCUAUGGUACCUUUUAUAUAGUGGACCUGGAAUGGGGUGGGGGUGGGGAGAGAUGCUGGGAAGCUGGCUUUGGCUAUAGGCCCAGGUGGUCAGAAAUGCCUAGUUCUGCCUUAUGUGCUUCUCAUUUACAUUUUAUGUUUAUGUAUUUUGUUAAAAUAUUUCUAGCAGAAGGGUUGAAACAGUAGCAAAAUAUAAAAAUGGAAGCAAGACAACAUUGUUACUUAAAAAUAACAGCUGAAUUGAGUAAUUAAAGGAUGAAUAGGCCAGGCACUUUCCCUAGGGCCAGCAAAAGUGCUGGGUAUACAUUUGCAAAAAGGGAGUUUAACGGGGGGCCACCACUAACGAGGCUCUUCUCUUUCUUAACCCCCAGAUCACCAAAGUAGAAGCACAUGUAGGAGAAAAUUUGAAGUUGACCUGCCAAGCUGGUGCCCUCCAGAUGUUGUUGGACUACAACUCCCAUUGGCCCUAGCCAACAUAGCCAGUGAUCGUGGAUGAUGGGAAUUGUAGUCCAAUAAAUAUGGAGGGCACCAGCUUCGGCAGACACAUCAACUUGGUCAUUUUUAUCUCCGUUUUGCAGAUGGAGUGGGUGGGGGCUGAGCAGAGGUGCAGUGCAGUAAUUUAAGGCUUUGGUCUUAUGAGGGGUUCUCUCUUUAGAGGACAAUGUGUUGUGCUUGGCUGAUGUCUCAAUGUGGCAAGCCAGCCCUGCGGUGCUCAGAGCCUUCCUGCCGCAUGGGGCCCAAAGCCUCUGCCCUCUAGUGUGGCACCAAUGGCACUGGGGGUGAAAGGGCAGCAAUUUGCCACAGGCAGCCUGACAAGUUUGUGGCUGAGCUGGCAUUUGGCCUGGGGGUUUCCCACCUCCCCAUCUUCUCCUUCUCAGUGUAUUGCUGGCUGACUUCUGUACAGAUUGGCAUCAGCUCCUGGGGUGGGAGGUUGUGUCAUCCCAGGUGCCUUCCUAAGAAAUACUUGCUGCAUUUUGCAACCAAGCCUAACAAAAUUGCCAGUUGCCAUUGUCUGUGUUAAAAGAAACCCACCCUUCAAACCAGCGCAGUGCGCUGCUCUUGUUGUGGCGCACCAGCCAGGCCAUGUGCCCCCUCCCAUGCCUUCUUGGCACACACGGAGUGUUGCAAGGAAUUAGUCUCAGAAGUGAAAAGCUCAGGUUCAAGGCCAGGCCGGCCGGCCACUGAAGGCCCUUUUUUAAGUGGGUUUUUUCCACCUAGGUUCUUGAGAUAUUCUCAGCCUAUCUGAAUAAGUGAGCAGGUGAUUCUGGCCUUUGCCUGCAGGAAUCUUGCACGGCCGGUUCUGUGGCUUGUAUUCUGUGCUUUGUGUUAAAUCAAGUAAUCAUGUUUUAACCCUUGGGAGAGCCGCUGUGAAUCACAAAUGAAGGAGGGCAGAGCGUGGUGGGGGUGGGGUGGGAUUACAGUAAAACAAGGUUAGUCCAGCACAGGCAUCUAACUCCAAACUUUGUGUAGCCUUUAAACACUCUGCUGUUGGUUUUGGGGCAUCUGGAACAAAUCGGUGUUGUUAACCUGGCUGCUGCUGUAUCCCAAGGCUGUGUAUCUGUGUAUGUUUGAUUAGUGUUUGUGCAGGGCGGGGGGGGGGGGAAGUAGGGAGAGGAUAUGGUGUUCCUUACACAGUGCUUCCCCCAUGUGCCAUUCUUGUUAUACGUAACCCAAGUUGUUAGGAAACAACAGUGCUUUUGGGCAGAUCCAGAAGCUAUCUGUUUCUCAGGUACGGAACACCGUUCAGGUGAGACCCCCAGGAUCUGGCCACAACACAAAUCAGAGAUGCUCCCCCCGCUUCACUCGAGCAGCUGAAUCUUUUCUUAGCCUAGAUUUGGGAUUAGUAGCAGCACUUUUGAGGCUUUCAGGACCAUUAAACAAACAAACAAACAAACAAACAAACAAAACAUUAAAUCUCUUUUAAAGUGUAAUGUGCUUUUGUUUCAAAAAAUCAUGUUAUUUCUUUUUUUCCAUUAGUUUUUACUGAAGAUGUUCUUGUUUUACAAAACUGACAAAUACACAAGGGAAAGUACAUAUAGCAUCACCACUUUUGAUUCAUAGAGUCUUUUUCACGGUUCGUUAUUGUUCAGUAUGAGACACUAAUGUCAUAGACAUCUUAUGGUUGGGGGAAGAGAUGGGUAGGUCCAAUAUUUAUAUAUUUAUACAGUCAUACCUCGGGUUGAAUGUGCUUCAGGUUGAGCACUUUCGGGUUGCGCUCCGUGGCAACCCGGACGUAACGGAGCUCGUUACUUCCAGGUUUCGCCACUCGUGCAUGCACAGACACUCAAAAUGAUGGCAUGCACGGAAGCGGCAAAAUGCCACCUGCGCACGCGCAGACGCACCGUCGUGUCUUACGUUCCAUUCAGGAUGCAAAUGGGGCUCUGGAACGGAUCUCGUUCGCAUCCCGAGGUACCACUGUAUAUUUAUCUUCAUUGGCAUUGCGAGAUGUUGGAGGGUCUAGAGUUUGAUUGCUUGCGUUCAGUUGGUUGCAGUGUGGCUUGUUUAUAUGUGGGGGUGGUUGUUUGGUCAGGUUAGACAUAUUGGUUUGUAUGUUGUUGUGGGGGUAGGUCAUUGUCUUGUUUUGCUGUGUAUGUGAUGAAGAGGAACCACACUGGGAUGAAGGUGUCUUCCUUUGCUUGUCCCCGUGCUAGUUUAAGUAUGUUGGCCAAGUUCUCCAGUAGGGCAGUUUCCCAUACAUUUUGGUUCCAGUGGUCUAUGUUUGCUCCUGAUAGGUCUUUCCAGGGUCUACUUAUGAUGUUUCUAGCUGCGGAGAUUAAGUGACUUAUGAGUUCCUUGUUGUGUACGUCUGCAUUGUUGUCCUGGAAGAUAUUUAAUAGAGUUACUUCUGGAGUUACUUCUACAGUGGUAUCUCCAGUUACAAACUUAAUUCAUUCCGGAGGUCCGUUCUCAACCCGGAACAGCUCGUAACAUGAGGUGCACUUUCGCUAAUGGCGCCUCCCACUGCCGGCGUGUGACUUUCACUCGCAUCCCGGGGCACCCUCCCAGUUUGGUGUCAUCUGCAGAUUUGAUGAGCAUCCCCUCAAUUCCUUCAUCCAAGUCAUAAAGACGUUCAGUUCAGUUUAUUGUGUUUACAUUAUACACAUAAUAAUAAUAAUAAUAAUAAUAAUAAUAAUACUGCUUAUAGUGGCUUACAUUUCUGCUCCCCGACCUUUAGACGAUAAAUGAUUUCCUAUUCCUCAUUUAUUACAUGAAUUUGUAAAGCCUUGGCAAAAAAAUUGUUCUAAAGGAUAUAUACCUCUCUACAUCAGACAACAAAAAUCAAGUCUGCAAGAGAUGUACCUCCCUUCUGCGAUCUUAACAAUGGAUGGAUGUAAUUGUUUCUAAGAUUGUUAUAAAAUGGGCACCCAAGGAGUACAUGAGUUAUGUCUUUGAUUGACACAGAGUUGCAGCCGCAAACUCUAUCCUUCUUAGGAACUCCUUUAUGUCGGCCCAUUUUUAUAAAGACAUUGAACUACAACGGGCCCAGGACAGAACCCUGUAUCACUUUUCCCCCAGGAUGAUGAGGAACCAUCAAUGAGUACUCAAUCAACCAGCUACAAAUCCACCUAGCAGUUACCUCGUUCUGCCCACAUUUCUUCCAGCUGUGGGAGAUGAGGCAGGUGCACAGACCAGAUUGAGGCUGUUGGGAUCCUUAGGAGGUGGUUUCCAUAUACACUGAUACACAGAUCUUUCAAGUAGAGUCCAUGUAUUGAAAUAGGUGGUACAUUUGGAAAAAGAGAGCAUUAUAAAAUCCUGCAGUCCUUUGAUAUAUAGAGCAGGAGGUGUCUUCUCUGUCUAAUGUGAAACGUAAGACUGAAAUGGCAGCUGCCAGAGUAUUAGCUGCAGCAAGAUAAUCCUCCAGUUCUGUAACAUCUUUAUUGGUUCCAAUCCUGGGACUGUCUCCACCCACAAAUUUUCUACCUGGACUCUUCAAUGGACACCAGAGGCCCUUCCUUCUCUCUCUUCCACCACCUGAGGUCCUGUGAGUGGGCACACGAGACAUGUCUUUGUGCCAGAACUAUGGGACGUCCUCAGAAGGAGGCCUAUCCUGCUCCAUUGAGGCUACUGCAAGGAAGACUGUUUGAGGGAGGUGCCCUUUUAACAAUGAUUCUGUAUUCAGGUAUUACCGUACCUCUCCUGGUUUUUAGCACAGGACUCUGCUGAGCUGUAUUUUCCUCCUUGUCCCAUAUUUCCCUCAUAUUCUUUUGUUUGUUUGUACAGUUAGCUUCUUUUUUAAAUGGAAAGCUUGGGUAGAGAUAUUGGUUGAAGUGAAGACUAGAUCAUCUCUAUGGAUUUCUUGUUUUAAACCCUAUAAAUAAGCAGCAGAUAUUGAGAGUGAUCAGCGAGGAGUUGGUUAAUGCACAGUUGCAAAGUAUUAAUUUGAAAUAUUACAUACCCACAUCCCGGCCAUUCAGUCUUGAGCUAUGAACAACAUAAUCUCCCUCAGCUUUCACUUUCAUGUGCAUAAUGGGAUUCCUUUAGCAGUGUUUGGUCCGAGGAUAACAGGAUGGUGGCAGUGGGACAAAUCCCUCUUAAAAACAUUUUGUACCGCAAUGCAUGGGAGAACUGGUUAAAGGGCAGCUCAUUUGAGCGAAAGUGUAACCUUUGCAUAGCUGCCAAGGUCGUUGGAGACCUGUGGCGGUUGGUGACUAAGUGCCGGUCACACAGCUUUGGGUAGCCUUCAACAGCUUUUGCUCGUACACCCCCUUCCCCCCCUUCCUGCCAGCCUUGUGAUUCUAAAUAACAUGGGGGGGGGGAGCAGAAAUCCUUGGAAUAGGUUCUCAUAGCAUGGCUCUUUACUGGUGAGCUCUGGGGAGCCGAAAGGGGCAGAUGAAUUGGCAUCGAGGAGCUGAUAAACAUUAGGGAGAGCAGGCAGCAGCCCAAAGUCAUUCCCCAUCCAAAAGGGUUCAGUUUUGUGCAAAGGACGUUGGGGAUGGAGAUCUCUCUCUCUCUCUCUCUCUCUCUCUCUCUCACACACACACACACACACACACACUCCCUUCUCUGCUCUGUUUCAAUUAAUCCAAUUUAAAAUGCUCCAUAGAAAGUAAGACAGAGUUUGGAAAGACUGGUGCUUCCAGUACCAUCUCUGUGCCAACUCCUCCCUAUGGCCCUUGCCUUCUUGUAGUCUGGCUAGAAAACUGCCACCGGCAUCUUUGUACGGAGCCACAUGGCAGAAUGCACGUCCAAAGAACCUUGUGAAAGCCCCUCUGAGAGUUAUUUCUUUCCUCCCGUUUCUGUCUCUCCCACUACCACAUGGGAGCUGCAAAGCCAUGCUGCCCGCAUGACAAGAGCCAGUGUGCCAGGUUGAUGGCGCUGGAAGUUGCACUCGAGUUGUCCCUAAACGUGGGUGUGACCAGCACUUGGAGGGCUAUGAGAGACCUCAGCAUUGCAUUCACUGAGCUCUGCGGCUCAGCAGGUCCUUUCAGCGUGAGGCCAAAGGAAAGGCAGGCCCCUCUCUGGAGUGUUUGCUAAUGAGCAGAAAACUCUCGGCUCUCCUUUGUGAGAACUUGGAACAAACCUGCGCAGCCACAGCAGAGGCAGACCUACCUGAUCUGUCUAUCUUGCUAGCUAUCUGCUAGCUACAGCCUUUCUAACAAAUCAUGCAAUUUAAAAAAUGACAUUCAAUCUGAUAGGCACGUUACAGCGGGGAAAAGGAAGGAGGAGGAGAAAAGCAAAAUAGGCAAAUUUGUGUAGCAACUCUUAGAAAGUAUUAGAUGAUGGAGUGGCAGGCUGCCAAUGGGAACAGUUCUGGGAAGGGAGGAGUCAAAUGGCCAGUGGUGCUAGCCAAGCCAGUGGGACAGGCCCUUGCAUCAGGUGCUGGCAAGAAGCCAGAGUCUAUUCUAACCUGAGAGAAUCAUAAAAUCGUAGAGUUGGAAGGGACCCCAAGGGUCAUCUAGUCCAACCCCCUGUGAUGCAGGAAUCUCAGCUAAAGCAUCUGUGGCAGGUGGCCGUCCAACCUCUGCUAAAAAACCAAGGAAGGAGAGUCCACAACCUCGCAGGGGAGGCCGUUCCAUGGUGUGCCAUUGUAUCUGUCAAUUAAUUCCAGUUCUUCAACCCCAGAUCCAUUCCCAGUGUCCAUUGUGCGUUUUUGGUUAGAGACAAUGGCCAAGGAAGCUGUUUUAGUGCUGUCCAUUGUGAGCCAUUCCUGUUAAAUCCUGCCUUUCCACACUGUGGGGCCCAGUGAUGUCCAAAGCUGUUGCCCUCUGGUAUAUUCUUCCUAGUAGACUUGCAGCAAACCAGAGUUGAAAAUAGAAACCAUAUACAGUGGUACCUUGGGUUACAUACACUUCAGGUUACAGACUCCGCUAACCCAGAAAUAGUGCUUCAGGUUAAGAACUUUGCUUCAGGAUCAGAACAGAAAUUGUGCUCCGGCGGCGCAGCAGCAGCAAGAGGCCCCAUUAGCUAAAGUGGUGCUUCAGGUUAAGAACAGUUUCAGGUUAAGUACGGACCUCCAGAACGAAUUAAGUACUUAACCUGAGGUACCACUGUAUUUAGAAGACAGACUACGUGAGCCCCAAAGCCACUUCCUUCACUGCCUCUCCCUGUUCACGGCAUUCCUGCUUUGAUGCUGAUUCUCUAAGAUAUGUCAUGCGAUGGUCUCCUCCUCCUCCAUGGCAGAUGGUUCAAAUGAUGAAUCCCAGGGGAGAAGCAUGGACUCUCCUGGUUCAUAUCUGCCUAGUCUGAGUUUCUGCUGAUGCAGAUCUGCUGGUGGAGGAUCUUCUAUAACAGUGUUUGUUAAGAUGGAAUUGCGUUUAAAGGCUCAGGACACCCUCCUUGGCCAUCUGCUAACUCCAAGCCUGCGUGUUAAGCAAAUACAUCAACAAAGUCCAGCAGGCAACAGAUGGAGUCUGUGCCAGCAACCUGCUGAGAGGGUUCAACAGCUUCCUGAUUUCUGCUUUGUAAUGACCCAGCAUAUCCUCUCCUCCCCACUCGCAAAUGCUUAAGUUGCCUCUUUUUUGAGCAAAUUGGUCAGACCAUCUAAAUUCAUCAGCAAGCAGGACUUUGGCUUCUGCGACUUUAAAUCCAGAGCCAUUCUGCCCCCUCCAGUCUCCAUGUACAACCCGUGAAGUAAAGGCACAUACAGUGGUACCUCGGGUUACAUACGCUUCAGGUUACAGACUCUGCUAACCCAGAAAUAUUACGUCGGGUUAAGAACUUUGCUUCAGGAUGAGAACAGAAAUCGUGCUCUGGCAGCGCAGCGGUAGCAGGAGGCCCCAUUAGCUAAAGUGGUGCUUCAGGUUAAGAACAGUUUCAGAUUAAGAAUGGACCUCCGGAACGAAUUAGGUACUUAACCGAGGUACCACUGUACUUUGAGGUUCAAGAGAGCUGCAGGCCAGUGUUGCCCAUCUCUUCAGAUACAGGCCAGUGUGACUUUCCAAUGGAGGCACAUGCUAUACACUGUGUGUGUCUGUCUGUGUUGAGCACCGAGCAGCAACUGUCUUAUUGUACAGCCCAGACCAAAAUCUUGGAGCUGCCGUCUUCUGACCCAUGUUGUGUGUUGUGUUCCUAGAAAAUGGGCUCCCUGUCCAGUGCCAAGGCUGCGGCCGAAAAGAUGCAGAGGACGGCGGAAGUUCAAGUGGCCAAGAUGGUGGAGCAGAGCCAGGAGUUGGAAGGAGCCAUUGCAGAGCUGGAGAAGCAAAGCAAAGAACUCCAGCAGGAGCUGGAGAGCAUGAGAGGAGAAGGAGGGAAAAGGGAGGAAAUAAUAAAGAGCUAUGAGGUGAGCAUUGAUGCACAACAUGUGUGGUUUUUUUAUAUCCUAUUUAUUAAGUCUCCAAAAAUGUUUCAAAGCAUUUAUCAUCAUCUACAUUUUUUUUAACAUCAUAUACAAUUUUUUUAACAUCCAAAGUUUCUUCUUGACUUCCCAUCCCUCCUUACCUGAUGCUUGUUUAUUAGUUGUUUUAUAACAGAUAUAUUUUUUUAUUAUCUAAACCCCACUAAAAACACUAAAACUACCUAGUCAUCAUGUUGGGCUGCUUGGGCAAAUGAAAAAAUCUGCCCAUCAUCCAAAUCCACUAAUCCGCUGCUUAGCCACAGCCGACAUGUUUAGAAGCCAAAAUAAACCUGUGGCUUUGAAUGUUCAGCUGUAGCAAAGGCACAAGUGGAAGGGUUUAGGGUGACCUUUGCCGGUCUGGAGCCUCUAGAUGUUUCAAUCUACAACUCCCAUCAGCCCCAGCCAGUAUGGCUUGCGGGCCUUGUAACAAGGGGCUGGGCAGAGUAAGGAAGGUGAAGUCUGAACAAGAUGGUUUCUUCUUUAUUUGCUUUAUUUUGUAAAUACUGUACAGAAGUCACCCUUCUGCAUAAGAGUGUCAGGUUGAACACAGUAAUGAUGCCAACACAAUAAUAAUAACUAAAAUCACCCUUGAAGAUACACACUUUAAAAUUAACUUUGUGCUGCUAUUGCCUUCACACACACACACACACACACACACACUGGGUGAGAUUCACCUUUUACUCAGUGUAGACCCACUGAAUAUAAUUAAGUUAGGCCCAUUAAUUUCAGUGGGUCUGCCCUGAGUAAAACUUAGUUGAAUAUCACUCCCUGGUUUGUUAAAAGCAUUGUGGAUUGUAUAUUUAUUUGAUUUUGUUUCUACGGGGAUAUACGCUCGGUAUUUAUCACUCCUGUUAUACAAAAAUCUCCAAAUGGGUCCGAACUUCAAUGUCUAAAACUCCUGGUAGAGGACAAGGAUCUAGAGAUCACGCUAAGGGUGGUCAAAUUCUGUGCGACUGCCAUAAAACUUAGGGAACAAGCUGUACUACCAAAGUGAUUAAGUGAUUUUAAAUGACAAUUUUAGGUUAUAUUUUAGUGAUCAAGAUUUAAUAUAUAUUUUUAACUGCCACUAUAUCUGAAUUGUCUCUGUUAUACCCAAUGGCAAUUCAAUGUAUUCCUGUUGUGUUUUAUGUUUUUCCUGAUAUUGUAAGUGAGCUGGAACUGGUCUGUGACCGUAAUAAUAAAUUCAUUUGAUUUUUAAAUUGUGAACCACCCAAAGGACACCAUGGAUUAGGCAGAAUAAAAAUGCCUACAAAAAUAAAUAGAAUGAAGAAAGCAAAGUAACAAAAGUAGUGGACCAUAACCAAGAAAGGGCAUAAAAACUCUAAAACUACCUAGUCAUCAUGUUGGGCUGCCUGGGCAAAUGAAAAAAAAUCUGCCCAUCACUCAGAUGACAUCACCACUGACUCCAGGAAAGCUUCUCAUAGAAAAUAUUCCAAAUAUGUGGUUCCUUUAACCCCCACCCUCCCACUUGACUUCUGCUGGGCAGGGGGUGUCAAGGGAGGGUUUCAAAGGAUGUGAGUAAGAUAAAUGGGGAAGGGCUGUAGCUCUGCAUGCAGAUGACCCUCAGCUCGAUCUCUGCUGACAUCUCCAGGUGGGGCCAGGGACCCCGGAGAGCCUCUGCUGGCCCGUGUAAACAGUACUAAGCUAGGUGGACCAAUGGCACGACUUAGCACCAGGCAGCUCCCUGUGCAGCUGCAAUAGCAGGGUUCAGAGGGCAAUCCCUUGGCCCUCAUGGGGCAUGCAGGGAGGGUGGUGAGGCCCUAAGCCCACUUCUUCUUCUUCUUCUUCUUCUUCUUCUUCUUAUUUUAUUAUUUAUACCCCGCCCAUCUGGCUGGGUUUCCCCAGCCACUCUGGGCAGCCUCCAACAAAAUAUUAAAACACAAUAGUGCGUCAAACAUUAAAAGCUUCUCUAAACAGGGCUGCCUUCACUUGGUUUGAGGAGCUGGGUAAAAAAAUAAAAGAGCAGAAUUGGUGCCACAAGAAAGAGAGCCAAACUAGGUGAAUAUGUAGACUCAUUGUACGGGAGCAGAAGUUUUGGAGUUCCAAAAUGGGCAGAAGUUUGAAAUGUUGUAUCUUUGGGAGAGACACCUCAGUUUUUUCGAAGAUAACCUUGUCUUUUAUGGCAGAAAGAGAAGCAGCACUUGGAAGAGGCCCUGGCACGUCUGGCAGAGGAAAGGCAGGGGCUGGCACUGGCCAAAACCGCUUUGGAAGCCCAGCUGGAGGAUGCACAGGUAAAGGAAAAUCUGACUCUCAGACCUGCAUCAGGCCUGCUCCGUCCCCUUGCGCCCUCCCGGCAGAGUCUUUAGGCUUCCAUGUCCUCUGGCCUUUACUGGUGUCCCUGGUGGUGUCACUAGCAGGAUUGCUUUCCUGCCACAGUUGUUGAACAUCAGCAUCGUAUUUUGCUUUCUAAGUUUGUAUCCCUUCGACUUGCUUUGCAGCAUUCUAAGCUGUCAUGCUUCUCAUAGAACGGUGAGCAGCAGAUCAGCAGAACUGCUGCCGAGACCUGCUGGUUCAGAUCUGUUGCCGCCACUGCUCCAACUUUAUCUCAUUGGUAGUCUGGGCUACAGGCAGGACAUGCAGUUUUUAUUCUCCAGCACUUAAUGCUUUUGCCAUGCAGCCUCCAUCUCUGUCAGAUCUGAGUUGGUGUUGGUUGUUUUUCAAGGAUUUGUAAACAAAUGGUGAAGUUAAAUGAGCUGUGAAAGAUGGAUUCAUGGGGCUGCAGGAGUGUUUUGGAAUGGAGCAGGGCUGGCAGAUUUAGUUUAAAAACACACAGAGAAAAACACAGUGGUAGCUUUUAACAUCAUAUUGUAUUCUGGUUAAGUGCUACAUUGCCUGCUAGGCUCUUUUUCUUCAGGAUUCAAAGAUCAUGCUACUUUUUGCACCCUGUUCUCCUAUUUAAAUCCUGGUGUGAAACUUUUCAGCUAUAAGAACUCCCUUUUAUACUAGGGUAAAGGAUGCGGGUGGCGCUGGGUUCUAAACCACUGAGCCUCUUGGGCUUGCUGAUCAGAAGGUUGGUGGUUUGAAUCCCCGUGACGGGGUGAGCUCCCAUUGCUCAGUCCCAGCUCCUGCCAACCUAGCAGUUCGAAAGCACGUCAAGUGCAAGUAGAUAAAUAGGUACCGCUCCAGCGGGAAGGUAAACGGUGUUUCCUUGCGCUGCUCUGGUUUCGCCAGAAGCGGCUUAGUCAUGCUGGCCACAUGACCCAGAAGCUGUACACUGUCUCCCUCGGCCAAACGCAAAACUGCAGGAAACGGACAGCACUUCACCUGGGGCCUGAAAUGAGCGCCGCAACCCCAGAGUCGUCCAUGACUGGACCUAACGUUCAGGGGUCCCUUUACCUUUAAAGACAUAAGAGUGACCCCUCCUAGCUUUACUUGUGCUGCUGAGGAGUCUCAUUUGCCCCAUGCUUGGUGUGAACACUGGGGUGGGGGGGACGGACCUAAACAAUCAGAUUCAGAAUAUGAACUGUACACAUUGAGCAGGGUGAGGUUUUUAGGUGCAGGUGUGUCCAGCACAUGAACCCACAUUUACAUAAAUGCCCUUCAUCCACCACUGUCUGUUUUGUGCACUGAAUUUGCACUUCCCUGGUGCUCAGCACAGUCAAUUGCUAGGUGUGCUUGUGGGCAUGAUUUGUGCUUGGCGGUACUUUACUUACAAUGUAACCUCUGUAUUUAACCUUUAAAAUACUGAUUGUGCCCACAGAGCAACAUUAAAAGCCCAGGUCCCUGCGCCAGGGAACUUAAAUCAGAGGACCCCUUCUCUGAUUUUAUUUUAUUUUUUAAGUUUCUUGUUACAGCAGGGAUUCCCCCCCCCCCCAAUUUGUUCUCAUUUCUUGGAAGAAUGUUAAGUGCAUGGGAUCAAAAAAAUUGCAAGAGAGCAUCUCACACGGUGGCUUUUUUUCAUGGCUGCAGAAGGACGUCAGCCGGCUGAACCAGGAGCUGCAACAGUUAACUGACCGGCUGAAAGAUGAAGCUAACCAGAAGGAUCAGUUAAAGAGGAUGAAGAGUGAAUUAGAGAAUGAGAGGUGGCAACUGGACAAGACUAUUGAGAAGUUACACAAGGAGGUACGAGCUGGCUGGAGAUUAAAUAUCAAGGGCAGGGGGAGAGAAAAGAAAAGACCAAAUUGUACAAAAGGGUUAGAGAGAAAGAGAGAAAGAGGUACAAAUGAAAGUGAAAUGUGAACUUUGCACUUAAUGUUUGGGACCCAGGGAAGAUCAAUAGGCGCUUUUAGAGCAGGAGUUGUAGCUGGGGCAGGAACACAGCCAUCUAUCCCAAACGCAAAACUGCAGGAAACAGACAGCACUUCACCUGGGGCCUGAAAUGUCAGCAAACCUGGUGAUUUAUUUCCAGCAAAACUUAAGAACAACACAUUUGUUGCUGUUUUGUUUUUUUUAACCCAGUGGCCUCAGGGCUGGCUGCAGCAAGCACAGCCAAAGAAACACACCUAUGCCAGCUCUUAAAAAGGCAGCAUAGAUUAAACAUGAAUUAGUCAGAAUGACUGCCCCUUCUCUCUCCUCCUCCCAGCUUUUCAUUCCAACCCACUGCUCCUUUUCUUGAUAUAAUUACUUACGGGUUCAUUUUUUAAAUGUUUAGAACCACUUUUCUGCUUGUAUCCUGAAGGUAGUGUUCAGUGUAACCAUAAGAGUUAUCUUUAAAAAUGCAAAAUGAACUAUUAUUAUAUUAGCCAUUUCAUGAAGCCAGAUGAGACCACUGGGCCACUCACUCGCCCUUCUCAUUGCCAACCAGCACUCCUGGAACUGCCACUUGCAUGCUCACCCACCAGUGCUGAGAGCCAGGCCAAGUCUCCACGGUUUAAGUAGCCACUGCGUUUCUACAAGCGCUAUUCAAAGACUUUAUAGCAGAGGUGGGGAGCCUGGUGCUCUCCUAGAUGCUUUUGGACUGCGACUCCCAUCAUCCUUGACCAUUGGCCAUGCUGGCUGCUGGGGCUGAUGGAUGUUGGGGCUCCAGCAGCAUCUGGAGAACCAGAGAAGUUCCCCACCCACCUUUCACUUUAGAUUGUAAUUUGUGAGCAACACAAGCUGAGAAACCAUCAGUCUGUGAUUUGCUCUUUGGGCUUCUGUGUUCAGCCUAAAGCAGGGGUCCCCAAACUAAGGCCUGUGGGCCGGAUAAGGCCCAAGGGACUCGUUUAUCUGGCCCGCAGCGACUCCCACCGCCUGCUCUUACCGGUGCUGCACUGCACAGCUGCCCACUUCUGGGUCGGAGGAGCACUAGAAAUAGCUUGUGUGCAUGCACAAGCGUUGUGUGCAUGCGCAAGCAUUAUUUCCGGUGCACAUCCGGGUCGGAGGAGGCCCGUGCACAUGCGCACAAGCUAUUUCUGGUGCGCCUCCGACCCAGAAGUGCACCGGAAAUAGCGUGUGCACACGCAUAUGGGCACGCGCUCCCCGCCCUCCAGCCCACCACGUGAUUGGCGCUGGAGACACCAGCCCGAGGCAUGGUACGUUUGCUGACCCCUGGCCUAAAGCUUUUGGAUGAUGAGAGCCUGCCUUGGGCAUCUUUUGAUUGCUUCUUGUUUCUUGCUAAUGCUUCCUUUCCUUUUUUUGCUAGAUGGCAGAAAUCAUUGAGGUUUCACGAACAUCGACGCUGGAGCUCCAAAACCAGCUUGAUGAAUACAAGGAGAAGAAUCGCCGGGAGCUUUCCGAGACACACAGGCAGCUGAAAGACAAAAACCUGGAGCUGGAAAAGGCCCACCUGGCGUCCCUCAAGAUGCAGGAGGAGGUAACGGCUCCUCAGCCUGGAAGAAUCAUCCUGAUUCUCUGGGACAAUGUGGACUUUUGCUGGGGGGGGGGGCAGGGAGAGAGUGAGAGAAAUCCCAAUCUCACCCGAGUUAGCUCCAUCCAAGUCCUUGCCAGCAAGUGUCCUGUUUUGGUCUCCCAUGGUCAAGAGAGAGGUAAGAACAGACACACUGGGCAAGCUUCAGUGAUUUACAAAAAUCUGAGAACUUAUCAGUGGAGGAUAUAAAAGAAUGUGGCCUCUUCAUCUUUGAAAAUGGGCCAUUUUCUAUGUUAUGAUUUACACAGGAAUCUCCCUGGGCAAAGUGGUCCAACAAGAAACCUGUAUUCCAGCAUGAUUCAGUAACUGACUGUAAAGCCUAUAAUGAGUUUAAAGGGUCACAGAUAAUGUAAACAAGCUCCAGGAAGAUGGGAGGGUUUCGCUUGCUGUCUAGGGUUACAGAGUUAUUAUCUAAGGCUUGCUAAACUAGGAGAUGGUUUCGUUAGAAUGUUUUUUAUCCCAUCCCACACCUAUCUCCCCAAAAAGCCAUUGGCAUGCUGCCAUCUUGUGGCUGGAAGAAAAUCAUGCAAGAUCACUGAUACAAAUAGUUAAGAAGUGCAAGUUCUGACUUAACAGACUUUGCUCAUGAAAGAGCCUGGACUUUUAAAAAAGUCUCUGCGUGAGUAAUUCCAUGUGGAAACAUUACAUGGAGAUUGUUAAUCUGCACACUAUAUCUAGAGCUGUAUCCAUGAACAGGAUCUUACAGAAAUCCAAGAUUCUGAAUCUGGAAGUGGUAUUGUACUAAAAUAAUCUUUUUCCACAUGAGGUGCUCACAAAGUCACCCAAGAAAGUCCAUGAGCACAGAACACACCACCAAAGGCAAUUUGUACCAAGCUGUGCUUCUCUUUCGGCUUGCUUAAUGAGCCACAACGUCCAGAUAUCUUGUUGCUUUGCACAAACGGCUGGAUCUUCAUUUUCCUUGCCUCUCUUGCUCCCAUGUUCCCGUUUCCUUUAGACAACCUUCCUCAACCCAGUCCCCUUGAGAUGCGUUGGAGGUUUUUAAGCAGAGGUUGGAUGACAAUCUGCCAUGGAUGCUGGACUAGAUGUCCCUUCCAACUCUAUGAUUCUAUGACUACAACUCCCAUCAGUCCUAGCAUCAUUCAGCUGUACUGGAUGAGGGUGAUGGGAGUUGUAGUCAAGAACAUCUGGUAGAUACCAGUUUGGGGAAGGUUGUCAGGAGGCUGGGGUAAGUUUUUUUACUUGCUGAUCUGGGCAAUGCCCUUUGCUUAACAAAUGUAGCCACAGAUUCCCUAUAUUGAGAAAAUAGAGCUGCCUUAUUUGGUAUUUCUUUCUGUAACCAGUUCCUUUCUUUUCAACAACCACUUUCUUCUUCUCAAACUGGAGUGGGUACCCCAAAAUGGUUAAGCUGCUUUCAGUGUUAGCUGGACAGGUGAAUUUUCACAAGACACCUCCCAAAUGGGAUUGCUUGCUACACUAGGCCAGGAUUCCUGCACAGGGCAAGGUGGUUUGUCAAGGGGUGGGCAGUUAGCCUUAUGGGGAUCCACUGCCCCUUCUCACCUUUGAAUCAGGCUUGGAGGGAAGUCAGGCUUAUAAUAGCAGAUGGGCCCAUGAAUCUGUACUUGGAAAAUGCAAGAUGGAUUUACUUUUACCUAUAAGUUUCUCUGUCUGCAACAGACCAGACUAGUGAUUGCCUCCUACCCAGGGGGGUCUUUAGCCCACAAUUUCUUCUUCUUCUUUCAGAUGCAUUUUAUGGAAAAAGAAUUACGAGAUCACCAGAGAGCUCAAGAUGAGGCUAUUACCAAAACACAGCUUCUGGAACAGACUUUGAAAGCCCUGGAAUAUGAACUGGAGGCCAAAAAUCACUUGAAAGAAGAUAGAGCAAGACAGGAUAAGAUCAUGGAGGUAGAUGAGAUGAGUGGGGUGGAGGGUGGGAGAGAGCUGAGUCACCUUUUCAGACACCACCAGGAAGAUGAACAUGGGGAGAUGGGCUGACUCCAGCUCCAGCUCCUUUCCAUAAGCACCACCAGAGGCCAAUGAGGUUCGGUUUGAUUGGCUCUCUCGCUUGUCUCACACAAGACUAUUUAGCUGCCUGGCCUUUGCUUACAUGUUUCUUUCCUUCCUUCUCUCUGGAGAGGGAAAUACAUGUUGCCAGCUGGCUAUUUGAACUGGAGCAGGCCGUCCCCCUUUUUUUUUUUUUAAAAUGAUAUUUAUUGAAAAUUUUAGAAUUACAAAAGAGAACAAAGAAGAAAAAAAGAAAGAAAAAACAAAGAAAAGACAAACCACAGUCAAACAAUACAGAUUAAUAAAAAUCAAAAUCAAAAAAUAACACGACACAAUUAAAAAACAAAAAUAUACCACAAACAUUUAAAAACAAAACCAAUAUUCUCAUAUCUUUAACUGUCAUUACCUUCUUUCUUUGACCUCCUCCUCCUCCCUUUUUUGUAUCCUGGUUAUUAAUUGUUGCAGCAAAUCCUUUCCAUAUUUCAUAAUAUUCUGUCAUUACUUUACCUUAAUCUAUUUUACUCUUAUCUUAGUAUGAAAACCUUAAAACUUAAAACUUAAAUCUUAUUUUUACCAAUUUCUCAUAACUGUAAUAUUCUUACAUAAUUCUUUAAACAUUUUUGCUAAAGCCAAAUAAUUUCGUUCCAACAUUUUUCUAACAUUCAUCAAUUUUAUAAAACAAUCAUAAUAAAAGAAAUAACAAUCCAAUCUUCAUCCAGCGUCUCUUCCUCCUGGACCCGGGUUUUGUCAGUCCUUUCUAUCCCAUCAAUCUAGCGCAUUAACCUGGUAACCUUAUGUCCGAGGCCCUUAAGUCUCUUCCAUGUCCCUUCCGCAGCUCUUCUUCAUAUUUAUAGCUAUAUUUUCCUUUAUCUCCUACUUCUUUCACUCUUGGGAACUCCAGCUUGAUAAUGCUUUUGACCCUUCUCGACAAAUCAGCCCCUAUUCCAUAGUCCACACUAAGCUCCAUGUGGUAUUUAAGAACAUGUUUCAAAGUCCCUCCAAAAUUGAGAGCCCCCACAACCCCAAACAUCUCACGGCCCAUUGCCAGACUCGAAAAGUCCAAACCUCCCUGCAUAGGGGGGUCUAUCCAACCCCCCAUUUCCAAACCCAACCAAACUUUAUCUUUCCAAAUCUGGCUUUUUCCAAGUUCAUUUGUCAAAUCCAAGAAUUCAUGUUCCUGCUGGGCCACAGCGCCCUCCAUCUCUGGCGCCCAAGAUUCAGCAACAUCCUCUUCCCUCAUCUGUUCUGUCAGGGCACACUCCUGAUCUAAUUCCUGGGUGGGCUCUAUAUAAUAUCCCACUGCCUGUCCAAAAUUUCUAAUCGCAUCAGUCAUAAAAUCCGUCUUCUCAUGUAGCUGUUCCAGUAGGGCACUUGUUUUACAGAAAGCACUCAACAGAGCUUCUGAAUACAUUGUCCUGCAAGGUCAGAAGUCUAUUCCCACGAUCGUAAUCUGUAACAGCUGUGAGCUCCCCGAUUCAGAAUUGGUUACAGUUUCACAGGCUCCCUCUAGGGGAAAAACUUCUGCUUGUUCUUUUCUUUUAAAAACAAAUCUAACAACAAAGUUUCCUUUUUCAGAUAUUUUGUCAAUAUUUGUUCCUUCAAAAUGCGAAGGGGAACAAUGGAAUCACUAUGUAUCUCUUCCUUUAGCUAUCUGUCAGAAACGUUUGUCUCUGGUCAAUGAGCUUCAAAAAACGUCAGUCCUGACACCCCGCUCCAGGAUCAAGACGGUGGAAAGUUACGUUACUUUACACUCACUUCUGCAGGUUUAAACAGUCCGGAAAAAGUCCCCCCUCUUCUCCUGCUUCCGAAGGGGGUUCAACAAUUUUAAAUGAUGAAAGUUAAUCCUUUAGAAGCGAUUUUCAGAACUUUAGUUUGCCGUGUCUUUGCUUUAAUCUAUCUACAAAGAAACGGAAGGCUGACUUCCUGUUUAGACCUUCCCGUUUCAGUGCCAAAUUAAAUUAAACUUUUAAGUCCAAUUUUCCUUUCUGCUCGCAAAUCCUUAUUUAGAGUCCAAUUGUCCGAAACUUAAGUACUCACGGGUGGUUGUUUUAAAAGCCAAAUUGUCCCAGGAAAAAGGCAGCGCUCUCUGGCAACGGCUGUGCGGCUUCGCUCCACGGAAGAAGCAGUUGACUCUCAGCACCGCGCCACUUCCCCCUCUUCGCUCCGGAGCCCGUUAGUGGGUUCCUUUGCGGGUUGGGGGGGCGCUAAAGGUGCCCGCCGAGUCCCAUGGUCACAGGCUUCAUCCGCCUGUGAUUUUUGAAUGGGUCCCCGCUUCGCCGUAGCGGAAAAGACCCGUUUCCCGUGGAGCUAGUCCCUCCAGUUCAGAGGGAAUCCGCCAUUGCCGAUGGCGCCACCCCGGAAGUCCUUGGAGCAGGCUGUCCCUGGCACUGGGACACAGAGCACCCACAGAAAAACACACUACACACAGAGCUGCAGGGGCUCUGGGAGCGCAUGUUUCAAAUCUCACCCUGCUCCAUUUACACUCCAUCAAAUGUUGCCCCUCUAAGUGCCCGUUGAGGUUGCUGGUACAUUCAGCCCAGCCCUUUUCUCUCCCCCUGCCACAUUUCCACACCUCCUUUCAAAGACUGUUUCCAAGGCAGUAUUACAAAAAGAUGACAAUAUAAAACAAAAAGGAAUUGUAAAAUGGUAAUAGAAUCAUAAAACAGCAGCUAAGCUAUGUUUUGGCAUUCACGGCUCUGCUGGAGUAUGUAGAAGCCCCUCAAGGCAUCACCGACCCCUUUUCCAGGAAGGGGAACUGUGAAGACUGCCCUUGGCCUGGGAAAAGCUGCCCACCCUGUGGGCUGUGUCAGAUGUGGAGCUCUGGUUUUCCGGGGUUCUUCAUGUGAUGCUGCCAUCAUGGCUGAGGGGAAUGAAACUCUGGUUGCCCUAAGGAACUGCCCCAGAGAUUUAUUUUGGGGAUUUCACAUCUAAUUGCUGAUUCCUUUAAGCUUGAGAGAUGUUGAAUGAUGAUCAACGCAAGCCAGAGAUGGGCGCCUGUGACCUUUUAGUUAAUGUUGGACUAUAAUUGCCAGAAUCUCUGGCCAUAGACCAUUCUUGUUGGGGCUGAUGAGAGUUGGAGCCCAAUAAACCUUUGGUGACCCACAGGUUCCCCAUUCCUGAGAUAAACACUUGGGAGCGCAGUCCUCACCAGUGCUUUCCCCCCUGUUGCUCCAUGCCAGUAUGCAGCACCGCCACUGUUUUCCAACAGCUUAAAGCAAGAGAGCAAUGACUGGGGGCUGUUCAAUCCUCUGCACCUUGGAAGUGUUUCCAAGAUCCUGUUUCCCUGCUUCCCACUUCCUCUAGUUUCUUAGCAUUGCCGUGACAAACAUCAUAGUUGUCAUUGCUGUUGUCAUCAUGGCAGUUUAUUCAGCCAAUCCCAUCUCCAGAAUUUAACCUCCACCCUGGCUGUUCUGUGAGUCCACUGCCUCUUCUGCCCACUCUGAUUUGACCAAUGAGAGAGACUGUUAUAUGGAAGGUGACUGAGAGCUGGUUUCUGGGUGGGCAAGUGGAGAGCAGUGACUGGCAACUCUGCAAGCCAUUGGGGGCAUGAUUUGCAAAGGCGGGAAGUGCCAGCAGCCAAUGAGCUUUGAGAACGGAAAGGAAGGGGUUGAGGGAAAGAAGCCAUGCAGGGAAGGCGCUUCUGGUGCCUCGUCCCACCGCACAGGCGCCGUUUCCCUCUCCUCUUCCCGCCUCAACGCCUGUCUCCUCAUGUGGCUGUGUCGCCAGAGGAGAUGCUACAGCUGCUGUAGGGGCGCAUGUGGGACUUCACCUCUUUUGGGAGCAAGGCUGGCGCGCCUUUGAGUGGUACGGUGAGUACCAGCACCAUUUUCCUGGUAAAAAACACUGGUCCUCACCCAGUGUCUAGUCCUGAAUUCUUAUCUUCCAGAGUUUGCCUUGGUCACCCACUGCUACUCCUUCUUCCCACUCUCAGCCACUGAGCCAAUGUUGUGUCAUCUCUUUUAGUACAAGAUGUCCCAGCUGGAACUGGAGCUUGAAGAGGAGCGGAACAAUUCAGACAUCUUGUCUGAAAGGAUCAGCAGGUGCAGAGAGCAGGUACCUGAGCAGGGGGAAUUCUCCACUGGGCAGCUCUGGCUGGAGGGAGCACAUUAAGAUUCCUGACAAUCCUCUUUAGUUCUCUAAUUGGGCCCAACCCACCAGCCACUACUCAGCUGUGUUUCUAGGGAUUCCAUUCACAUUCUCCUCCAGACAGCAUACAAGACGAUUGCCCUGUGUCAGCCUUGCAGCUUCUCUGUGUGGCAGGUGGCACUGGGAGAGUAGGACUGGCCUAGGGUGAGUUUGGGGGCCGUGCCAGGAAUGUGAGUCCAGCAUUCUGUCAGCAGCAUCAGCUGGCAAUGAAUCCCUGUUUCUUGUUGGUUUGAAUUGGGCAUGUACAAGCCUUCUCUUCUUCCUUCCUCUCUCCUGCUUAAAAGUUGUUUGUAUUUAUGCAGCAGUUUGUGGGGGUAGGGCAAGGGGGCCCUUGUUGGCCUUAUUGGACCCACAGACCAUGCCAGUGUUCAGUGGGGAUGUUGCAGCCCAUUCUGUGCCUGGGAUCAUGGAGUGGAGGUAGCCUUCAAGGGAUGUAGCUGUAGUUUUUAAUGAGAAGUUUUAAAAGAAACACAAACCACCAACUUUCUGACCAGCAGCAUAUUAUGUAAGUCGGGAGGCAGGGUGUUGGGUCAGGGCAAAAUAGGUGUUCCUCCCAAAGGCUCUGGAGCCCCUAAUUUUGUACGAGUUACAAAGUUUUCCUUGUUCUGAGUCAACACUAGGAUGGCCAAAGGAUGGAUUCCCAGGAGACUAUUUCAGGGUCUGCUAAACAUUCACAAUAAAGCAAGGACUAAUAAUGGGUUUGUUUUGGUCAACAUCGUUGAUUAAGGGUGCCAACUGACCCAGCCCGGUUUGCCCCUGUGCCUUUAACAAAGGUUUGGGCUGUGGCGAUGUGCAGGUAUCAUUUCCAUGGCAUGGAUGAAGCUAAAUGUUAUUACCACUUGCGAAUUGCUGCUGAAGUGACAGCAGCAGGGGCUGACUGAAAAGUUGGCAAACCUUUGGGUGACCCAGGAAACUCCCCUCCCCCAUUGCUGGCAAGCUCUCUUAAUAUGAAGUUAAUGGAGACUAAUCUGUAGAGUGAUUGGCAUUAAAUAGAAAAUAUUGCCUAAGUUUUAUGGGGCAUUUAAUUCCUUAAACUGCUGUUCGUCAUGAUUGAGAAGCUGCACAUUUCUGCUUUGGAGUUAAUGGCAGCUCUUCCAGCUCAGCAGGUGAGAGUUGUAGCUUCUUCAUAGCCCCAUUCUUCAGGUGGCUUUGAGAGGAAAGAAAUAAUUGAAAUGUGAUUGUGGGACUCCAGGGCCCUGGAUUGUGUUCCCUGGAUUAUGCCCACUGUGUUGCUGGGGUGUAAGGAGGAGAAGGGAACAUGCGGCUUGCUUUUGCAAAAAUGUAAGGAGAUGGGAGAACCAGUUGUGUCUCUGUGUCAUUUUGUUUACUCAGUCCCUAAACCUCGAUGCCACCCAGAAUCAAUGCUGAGGAUGACACUAUCAGCAGGAACAAAAUCCUGUAUUAUUAUUUGCAAAGCCUGCAGGGGUGACUUGAACCCGAGUCCAGCUAUGGAUAUGAGAGAGCCUUCUUUGGCAAUGCCACUGUGCCAGUGGCCAGCAUUCAAGAGCAGCCCUUCUUCCCCUACUGCCUGGAUGCAUUCUCGUCCUGCAGCAACUAACAACUGGGGCCGGGGGACGGACGACCAAAGAAAGAAAGCCGACUGAACAUGAAUUAAUUGACUCCGGAGCAGCUUCUCUUGAGGGGCCUGUUUCCAUAGCAAUAGCACAGUAAAUGAGCAAAGGAUGAAGUUACAUUGGCAGGGCUGUCAUUCACUUCUUUGGGCAAAGCAGUCCCAGUGGAUGCUGCACACCUGCUCCUCACUUGGCGCAGGUGCGUGGAGCAGGCAGAUGAAAAUGUGGGAAGUGCCGGCUUUUUUUGGGCCAGAGAGGCAUCCAUGCUUCCAUUAGUUCCCUUUAUUGAGCAGCUGAGUGUUUCUGCUGAGUCAGGCAGCCCAGGAAACAGGGAGGGCUGAGGCUUUAUUUUCUCCUGGCUUUCCCCUCUCGAGGACUAGUGAGACGUGCGUGUGUCCAGUGGGAGACGGAAGACAGCGGCUGCAGCCGUCUUUAGGCUAUUAUUAGAAAUCAAAUUACUUUUCUCCUUGACAACGAACUCCGCAGCUGCGCCUUGUCCAGAAACAGACCCAAAGCACCAAGCUCUCUAAUAAAGGCCCCUUGGACCGGACGUGCUUGCUCUUCAAUGGGCCUCCCUUCCAGCUGGAGCAGCUGCCACCUGAAGCCGUGCAGUUAAUGCUUGUGCUUGUCACAGAAUUUGAACAUCUUUGAUGCAUUGGGAGGGAGAAGAUAAAAAAUUCAGAAGAGCACAGUAGGCCCAUGUCUCUUCUGUCCUAGUGGCCAAGAUGUGCCAGUCUGGGGCUAUCAGGAACCUGCCCCUAAAUCAAAGGUAGGCAAACUAAGGCCCGGGGGCCGGAUCCGGCCCAACCUCGCCUUCUAAAUCCGGCCUGCAGACGGUCCAGGAAUCAGCGUGUUUUUACAUGAAUAGAAUGUGUGCUUUUAUUUAAAAUGCAUCUCUGGGUUAUUUGUGGGGCAUAGGAAUCCAUUCAUAUUUCCCCCCCAAAAUAUAGUCUGGCCCCCCACAAGGUGGAGGGACAGUGGACCGGCCCCCUGCUGAAAAAGUUUGCUGACCCCUGCCUAGAUCCUUCACCAAAUUUGAUCUUCUCCACCCAUCUUUUUUCCUUAAAAAAUUUUUAGGGGUACUCUCAUUUCGACUCAAGAAAGUCACCAUUCAAUAGUGCAAAUUGGGGAAAAUAAAUACAGUAAAUGGACAAAAGUACAAAGAACAUGCAUUACCUCAUAUUACACAGCUGACAGCUCGCAGUAACGCUCACUUCCAUCUGAGACUCAGGAAACACCAGGAAAGGAAAGGAAGCCGCUGUUAGAGGUGGUAACAACGAAACUGACCAAUCACCGUGCUAGAUUCCAACUCCUACUUCACACAUUAAACGCUCGCUUCCGUGUGAGACUCCGGAAACACCGUGACAGGAAAUGAGGCCGCCAUCGGGGGUAGCAACGAAACUGACGAUUCACUGUGUUAGAGAAGAAAGUAAUUUUUAAAACAUUUUUCGUUUCUUCUCCCGUUAGAUUCACAAAAUGUUUAGGGGUAUGCGUACCCCCCCCCAAAGCACUUUCUCCACCAAGGAAGAACAAGACCCUCCCGUGGCCCACAGCUCAGUUAACACCCCUUGAGAGCCGCACCAAGGGUUGCAAUUCAGAGAAGCCCAGUAAACCCUGAGGAGACCCCUGCUUCAGACCCCCCAGCAUUGGGCCCAGUGAGAUUGGCACCACAGGCAGCCCUUGGGGAAAUGUCCACCAAUAGACAAUUCUGUGUUGACCCUUCUACACAGAAGCAUCCUUCAACCACCACAGCAGCAGCAUCCAUCACCUCAGUGCCCCUUGCUGUCCUACAUCCAUCUCUAAUGUGAGACCCAGGGAUGGCCGCCCACAUUUUUCACAGCCUCUGAGCACACAGAGGACACAAUAGCUCAGUGUCUGGAACCUCACUGUGACCAGCUACAUCCAAGCCCACUGACAAACAUCAUCCAUUUAAAAGCUGCACCUUUAAUUAGUUGCUCAUUAAUUCCCCCCUCCCCUUCAGAAUUUUCUUUCAUUUUGUCUGGGCCUCCUGAAGCAAUUAUAGCAGAGUUUUCUGCAUGACCCCAAUAAAAGGGCCUUGUAAAAGAUGAAAGUAGGGAUGGUGGGCAUUCCAUAACAAGAUCUUCCAAUGGCCAGACGACAACAUUGGUUUCAGAAGUUCAUGGUACUUGGGGUGUGUAUGUGUGGGCAUAUGGAGUGCAUAUGCUGCCAUUUGGAAUUUGGUGCACAUUGGGAUGGACACUUUGUAGGGAACUGAGCCUGUGUCUUGGAUAUGAUGCCAAACUGAACCUUCCACUGGGAUCCUCUUUGACCUCAUUUUCCUAUUAAAUGGCGCUAGUAUCUUUGGCUAGUAUCUCAUUCCAUCUCUCUCGCGCUGUUUGUGUGGCUGUGAUUUUUACCCUAAGAAAAUGACUUUGCUUUCCCAAGCUCUACUUCCCCCACUUCAUGCCCCUUCUUGACCCCACUUCUGUGGCUAAGCUCCUCCUUUGCCAGCCCCCUUUGUCUUCACCCAAACCCACCAUUUGGUCUUUGCCCUCCCCACUGCUCCCUUGGGUCAGAAAUAGCUCCCUUCCUUCAGAAGCAGCUUUACAGCGGGCCAGACUAUUAGUUCGUCUCAGCACUGCCCACUUUGACUGGCAGGGAGGCUCUCUCUAGUGGUGGCACAUGCAGAGAAAAGUCCCAUGCGCAUUACCUGCAACCUGAGCUUUUUUAACUGGAGAUGCUUCUGGAGAUUAACCUGGGACCUCUUCCAAAAUAUGUCCUGGGCUACAUUGAGCUACAGUUUCUCCUUUCCUCCCAUCUGGCUUCUUUUUCCACAAGGCAGUCCCUGAGCAAGCCUGAUGCUCCUUUCUUUCCCAUCCUCAUCCAUCCUCAUACAGUGGUACCUCGGGUUACAUACACUUCAGGUUACAGACUCUGCUAACCCAGAAAUAGUACCUCGGGUUAAGAACUUUGCUUCAGGAUGAGAACAGAAAUUGUGUUCCGGCGGCGUGGCAGCAGCAGGAGGCCCCAUUAGCUAAAAUGGUGCUUCAGGUUAAGAACAGUUUCAGGUUAAGAACGGACCUCCAGAACGAAUUAAAUUCUUAACCUGAGGUACCACUGUACUAAUAUUCAUUCUGCCCUUCCUGCCACUUGUGCCCUUUCUGCCCAUUUCAGACUGGAAAUGCCCUUAGCUGUGGCCAAGUGGGUGAAUACUAGCCAUGAUGGUUGUGUACUACUUUCAGGAUCAAAGGCAAGGCCAGCUGCCGAGUACAGUGGUACCUUGGGUUAAGAACUUAAUUCGUUCUGGAGGUCCAUUCUUAACCUGAAACUGUUCUUAACCUGAGGUACCACUUUAGCUAUUGGGGCCUCCCGCUGCCGCCGCCGUGUGAUUUCUGUUCUCAUCCUGAAGCAAAGUUCUUAACCCGAGGUACUAUUUCUGGGUUAGUGGAGUCUGUAACCUGAAGCGUCUGUAACCUGAGGUACCACUGUAUCACACCUAGGGACAUGCUGUUGCCCUUGUGUCUUGCUUGUGGGCUUUCAGGAAGCCCCUAGUUCACCCCUGUGGGAAGCUGGGCUGGAUAGGCCCGCUUGGGUCUGACCCACCUGCAGGUCUCUUCUUAGUGCCUGCAAUUCUACGGCAUUGCCUGGAGCUGUAGAGGAGAGUGUUAAGACGUGUUGUUAGGUUGCUGCCAUUUGGAGGUUUCAGCCUUUUUUCUUUUCUUUUUUGCUUAUCACCUACAGAUUGAGCAAAUGCGGAGUGAGCUACUUCAGGAAAGGGCUGCGAGGCAAGACUUGGAAUGUGACAAGAUUUCGCUGGAGAGACAGGCAAGGAUUGCGGCUUGUUUUGUGCUCAGGCUUGGGGUGUUUGAUGUCAGGACCGGACAAUGGGAAAUAUGGAUGUUAGCAGGCAGUGCCCCAGACUGUGUACUGAGUGCACUCCCAGUGCCAUGGAGUGGCCAGAGCCUGCCUCAGCCUCCCCCAGCCUAGAUCCCUUCAGAUAGUUUGGGCUGCCACACCCACAGCUGUACUCCCAGAAUCUUAUGGCUGUGCUGGCCAGGGCUGCUGGGUGUUGUCCAAAACAGCUGAAGGGCAUCAGGUUGGGGAAGGCUUGCCUAGGCCCACACCUUCAGGGUUAAGGAGCAGAGCUGCCUCCUAGCAGGGUUGGACACCAGUGCCUCUUCUCUUGGAAAUUACACAGGAAAAAACCACCCAUAGCCAUCCCAGCUUAAACACUUCAGGAGCAGAGUGCCACCUAGUGGUGGACAUGCAUCUUAGCUGUCCAAAACUAAAGGCUUAGCCAGACAUCCUUUUGUCCCACCAGGCGCAGGUCCAGGCUUUGAAGCUCUGUGUCCGAGCGGUUUCUUUUUUGGCCCAGCGCUUUCCCUGCGUUUGCCUGCUGAAUUGGAGAAAAUGGCAAUCGAGUUUUCUGCAGAUUGUCAUUUUGCUCCAGUUCAGUGGUAAAACAUGGGUUUUCAUGAGGAAAGCGCUGGAACAAAAACAAAAACAGAAAAUGCUUGGACAAAGAGCUUUAAAAUGCAGAUCUGUGCCUGAAAAGUGCGGCAGUAUCUGAAAUGUGGAUGAUCCCUACGUGUGUGUUUUUCCUUCUCCAAAGGAUCCACUAUUUUCCUUGUGUUUGUGUAGCUUCAGCAUAGAAGUCAACUCCUAGGGGCCAAGGUCCCUUCCGCCCCCCCUAAAGUAUUUGACUUCCCCCCCAGGUUGAUGGCCAUUGCCAUUCAAAUAGGGUUUGUGUGCACUGUGUAUUGUGAUUGAUUAUGUGAGGCGGGGCUUAGCUAGGCCCCCCCAGUAUUUUAUUCAAGUCGGCCCCCGUGAUCUUCAGCAAGACUUUCACUACAUGUUGUGAAAUACAGAAACUUCACAUCUAUAACUUCCAUAUCCACAACAGUUUCUGCCAGCCAGUAAAAGCCACCAAAAGAGAUGGGUCUUUAAGGCCCAUUUCAAAAUAUAAAGGGGUGAAGUUUCCCUGAUUUCCCGUGGGACUGAAUUUCACAAAUGUGGGGUCACUCAAGAGAAGGGCCUGUUCCGUGUGCCCAGCAACCUAAGCAGGGCCUGUGAAGCAGACUGUUAGGCAUAGGCAGGUUGAUCUGAAUUGUUGAUCCUUUCUGAGGAAUCUUAAGGGCUUUCAGGGUUAUCACAGCACUUUGCAUCAGACCUGGAAGGCACGAAGGUCAGAUCUGAGCAGUGGGCCACAGUCCCUUCAGAGGUUUCCAUUAAUCAACAUGAGAGACUCUUCUGACAGAGUGUAACUCAUAUUAACUGGGGAGAAGAGAUGGAUGCCAUUCGCCAGUCAAAAAGUCUAGGGCAUGCAACUGCCUAGGCCCCGUGCUGCAGUGCUGAUUUGUCCACAGACUUACCUGCUCAAUAAGCUCUGUAUAUUCUUACUCUAGAACAAGGACCUGAAAAGCCGGAUUUUUCACCUUGAAGGUUCUUACCAGUCCAGCAAAGAAGGGCUUCUGGUUCAGAUGGAAACCAGGAUCAUGGAACUGGAGGAGCGGCUGGAGAAUGAAGAGAGGUAAAGCAGACUGCAAGACCACCCAGGGAACACCAUGUCCCAGUCAGAUAUUCAUCUAUUUUAAGAGUCGCAACAAGCCUCUCAUCUAAAUACUGGAGACCCACCACCUCUGUUAGCUUAAAAAAGAAUUGAACCUAUUUCAAAAUUGGUACCGCUUACAAUAUUUCAAAUCAAUACAAAGUUUAUAAUCCACCCAUCCAAUAAAAAUAACACAACAGCAGAGCCACAUAUAAGAAGAACAGGUAGUAGAAGCAGACCAUCCAUACUUACUGGCAGUGGACAUCAGAAUAUCUCAUGCUGGAGACACACCAUACGGAAGGGCUGUUGUCUCCAUGCCCCGGUUGGCAGACUUCCCACCUUCCCACUUGUCUAGACAGGCCUUUGAUACAGAAGUGUUCCAGGUCUUCCUUACCCUUAGAAAAAUGUAAUUCGUGGGUUAUUUUCUCUGCAAUAGCCAGUCGACAUAUUUUUCUUCCACAACAAAAGGUUUAAGUCCAGUAAUAUAUUUCAUUUCUGGGCCAAAUAAGUUCUUUUUGUACCCUGCAUCCAUAUAAGAAGUUAAUUUGAUCUGAAAAUUGCUGUUUGAUCAUCCCAUAAGUUCAAAAUGACAAGUUGUGGGGAAGCUUGGAUGGAGUGCCGUAUUUUUCGCCCCAUAGGGCGCACCGGCCCAUAGGACGCACCUAGUUUUGGAGGGGGGAAAUAAAGAAAAAAAAAAAUUUCACCCCCGAGCUUCCCCCGACCCCAGAACAGGCAGCUCUCCACAAGCCUUGGGAGACUGGCGCAACUUCCCCCCGGGCUCCCACGCCUUGCAGAUAUCUGCCUGAAGCCCAAACCAGGUCGGGGAACGGCGGGAUGGCGGCGCUGCACCUCCCCGCUGUCCCCCAAGCUUGUGGGGCUGGCGGCGGGGAGAAGCACGCUUCUCCCCACCGCCAGCCUCCAAACCAGGUCGGGGAACCGAAGCCCGGAGCGUGCUGUGCAGCGCGCCCCAGGCUUUGAGAUGCAGGCUGCUAUCCGCAAGCCUAGGGAGCCCGACGGGAACUCCCGCGGGCUCCCAAGGCUUGCUGAGAGCUUCCUGAAGCCUGGAGAGCGAGAGUGGUCGGUGCGUACCGACCCCUCUCGCUCUCCAGGCUUCAGCGAAAGCCUGCAUUCGCCCCAUAGGACGCACACACAUUUCCCCUUCAUUUUUGGAGGGGAAAAAGUGCGUCCUAUAGGGCGAAAAAUACGGUAUUUAAAAAAAAUAAAAAUACUUCAAAAACACCACUCCAAAAUUUGGAUGUCAGGGGCAUUCCCACAAAAAUGGAAACAUGUCCCCCUGCUACUGGAGCUGCACCAACAGCCCUGUGGGGCAAUUGAUGUCAUGUGUGAAAGCUGCCCAGGAGUACGAUGCUACCUUGCAGAAUUUUUAAGGAACAUUCCCUUACACUAACUGAGGUUGAUUUAUAGGGCUUAAGUACCCAUGUUGCAUUCUACUCCGAGUCAUCUAUUUUCAAUUGUAGGUCCUUCUCCCAGGUAAGUGGAACAUUUUUUGGUUCUUACCUUGCUGUCUGUGAGUAUGCCCUUCUCUUAUCCUAGGGAUCGAGCUAACCUCCAGCUGAGUAACCGCCGGCUUGAAAAGAAAGUUAAGGAGGUCAUGAUGCAAGUGGACGAUGAGCAUCUCUCUCUGACAGAUCAAAAGGACCAGGUAAGGAAGGAAAGCAUCUCUUGGGCUAUUGUAGUUACCAAGGAUUUGUCCCCCAAAUUUACUUUUAUUCAGUUUAUAGCUCACCCUUCAUCUUGGGACUGUGAGCCGCCCCAGGAACUCACUAAAGACACUAAAACCAUAACAAAUAUCACACAAUAUGAAAUGGCUUCCAUUUUUAAGAAAAAAGAGCGCUGGUAGUCACCGUGAAGUUGUUACAGUAAGUGCCACACUUUUAGCAUUUUGGGUAUGUGUGUGCCAGUACUGCAUACUCUUCUGUACUCCCAGAAAAAAACACCGAGUACACCUCUGCUUUUUCUUGUAUGUGGCAUCCAAUGCCUUCUCUUGUUCUGAAGCAGGGAUUUGCCCACAUGGUGUCCUUCAGAGGCUGGGACUCCCAUCAAGUCCAGCCAGCCCAGCCAGUGAUGAUGGGAGUUGCAAUCCAGCAGCAUCUGAUAUGCUCCACUUUAGUGACCCAUUUAUUUUCCAAAGGGUAAAAUGCAUACAUUCAUACAUACUCGGUCAAAGGGACCCCAUGGAGGGUUGGUCACUUCUAGAGCAGGUCCUUCAUCUGGAUCCAAUUCCCAACCUCUGGCAAAGGCUUUGAGCUUAAGCUUUCUAGUCCAUAAAAAUAGCAUUUCCCAUGAUUACUCCAUUGCUCACAUAGGCUCCAUGCCCUCCAUCAAGGGUUGCUGAGGAUGAAUGACCCCUUGUCCUCCCAAGCUCUAACUGGCCCCUUUCUUCUUAUUUCUCAGCUGAGCUUGCGUUUGAAAGCAAUGAAACGCCAGGUGGAGGGAGCAGAAGAAGAAAUAGAUAGGCUUGAGAGCACCAAGAAAAAGCUUCAGAGGGAGCUGGAAGAGCAAGUUGACUUGAAUGACCAACUGCAAGGACAGCUGAAUGCAAUCAAAAAGGAACUCAGGUGGGAAAGGAAGAGCCUUGGGACCCAGAAAGGUUUUCAUCAACCCUUCCCAAGAUCUGGAAAGUCACAGCUCCACUUGCCACAUUGGCUCCUUGCUCAUGGGUUGUAUGACCCAACUCAUUCUCCUCAUUCUGGAUCUAAGAAUCUUUGUUUGGAAACCAUAACCAAGCUGAUUGUCCCUGCCCCUUCCAGUUUAUAAUUUUGGGGUUCCAUGGCACUUUGGAUUGGAUUUCCCCGUACCCUAACAUUCAGCCCUCCGCUGGGAACUAGUUUAAAAUGUCCAAAUUUGGAGCUUUCCCUCAAAUUCCUCCCAGAAAAAAUGUAGGACUUAAGUGUCAUGCCAGAACCUUCACUGCUGAGUUUCCAAGGAGCUUAUUUUUGUGUAAACAUUCGGAGAAAGAGGAACUUUGCAGAAAGGAGCACAUGCCCAAGAUUGCAGUGCUCAUUCUGGUGUUUCCCCCCAGGGCUGUGGAGGAGACAGUUGCACCCAUUUUCCUAGCCUUGUAGGCAUUGGAAUGGCUCAUUCAAAUCAACCAGCGUCUUUAAAAUACAUCAUGAAAGCAUUCCAAAUGUUGACAGCCAGCUUAUAAAGCCACACUAACUUGUUUAUAUAUUUUUGCUUUAGUAGGCACAAGAAGACCUCUAGUAAAAUGCUGAAUGACCUUGAAGAUGACGACGACGACUUCAGCACUGAUGGGGAGAGCCUUUAUGAAGCACCUUCAGGAUUUAAAUUCUUAAAGGACGAUGAUAUCAAAAGCUAA